CUCUCUCUCUCUCUCUCCACUCGCCGCACCAAUGCUGAUAUUUCUCCCCAGCAUCACCAGCGGAGAGGAAGAGGUGGAGGAGGGGGAGGAAGGAGAGGUUGUGUCAGGUGGAAACGGGGACCUCUAUGGAUAUCAUCAUCACCCUCCACCGGCUCGCACCAACCUCAGCACCGACAGCAGCUCCUGGCCGGCGGUCACCGCUGCUGCUGCAGACACGGCGCUCUUCUUAUGCGCAGAGGCCCUGUAUAUCUGUAUAUCCUAAUGCAAAGACUCUCCGGACUGCUUCUCUGAUUUCCCAGACGAACAGCUUCCCUCUGUAAUAAGGACUAUUUGUGGGAAGACCCUCCUGGAAUAAAAGCGGAGCCUCAGUCUCCUCCAUUGAUAAACCGCUCUGCUCAUCGAUUCAGCCGAACGACGUCUUGGUGUAAGGAGAGGACAAAACCAAUCCAAGAAAACUGACAGUAAAACUGAAGGUAAGGCCGAUAGAAGGAUGACAGGAUGACCUGUUUCUUCAUAGGCUGUCGCUUUCAUUUGUCAUCCCCCAUGUUAAAGCAGGGAGUCGAGGUGCACGGUGUUUUUUCCUUUUUUUGCAGGAACGCCGGCCUGCAUUUGGGUGCAGGGUACUGCAGUGAUCUGGCGGAGGGAAGCGCUGUUUCAUGUCUUUUUCACCUACAUGUGUUACAUGAUGCUUGCAUGAAGAAGUGCCUAGAUAAGACCUGGAUUGUAAUUGUUUGUUUUUUAGUAUUUGAAGUGAUGAAUAUAUGAAGAAGCAGAAUAGCGGCCUAGUAAACGGGCUCUGGCAUGUUGUUGCAGUGUCAGUUUAGGGGUCUUUUAACGAAUAACUUUAAAUAUCAGAUCACUGCAUCGGGUAGGGUGACCUUUGGGGAGAUUGUGCCCCAGUGCUUAAUUUUAACAUUAAUCCACAGUAAUGGGCCUACUUUUUAUUCCUGCAGCAAGUUAUGCUGUUGUGUAUUUUUGGUCUGGCUGUGACCUCGCAUUACUUCCAAAUUUCUGCCUGUGGAGGUGUCAGUUCUACCUGAAUCCAGAGGGGGUUCUGCUGUUCUUAGUAAAGCAUGGAUAGCUCAGAUUUAUCCCUGUGCUUUGGUGAGAUUAGGCCGACAGCAUCACAGCAGUAGCUACUCUUGAUGCUGGAGCGCAGUAGCUUGUCAAGUUUAAUGUGGUGUGUUUGAUCACAGCUGCAGAAAAAAGUGGUGUAACCUCAGUUUUUCACUGAGAUGAUCACUGUCGUUGAAUGCAGGUGAAGUGACAGUUUGUUGGUGCAAAGUGUGUGGAUGCUUGUAUUGUGGUAAGUGGGUUUAAAAGGAAUACAAUGACAUAUUCAUUAUCUUUCAAAUUUCAAAGCCAUUCGGUAGUUUCAUAUUUAUAUAAAAUUAGUGGUAAAUGUUAAGACAGAUGCCUUUUUUAACCUUACUUGACAUUAUUGAAGUUGGAGGUCUUCAGUGGAGUUUCUGUCAGGACCCUCUGAGGGUUGUGGUCUUUCUGUGGUGCUCAGCACUUUGCUAUGCAGUGAAUUUGUUGCGUUUUGUACAAUUGCAUCUUGUGAAGUGUCUCUAAUAUAUCAGGAUACAGACACUGAUCUCAGUUAAAUUUGAUAUUUUGGUCAUGUUGAACUCUUGUCAAUAGCUCCUCAUAUACCGUAUUGUAUGUUUCUACAUCAGAAACAAAGUAACUGUAGUUGUACAUAAAGAGCAUACAAUUCUAGUUGUAUAAAACUGUGAACUGCAUGCACACACACACACACACACACACACACACACACCUACAUAGGUUUAUAUGUAUUUUUACUAAAUACAGUUAUUUCACGUCAUUAAGGUCAGUAUAAUGAUAACACAAAGCGUUAGCAUGUGUUUUAGUUGUAUAUCUCUCCAAGUGACUGCCCUGCUCAUGUAAGAUAGCAGGAAUAGACAGUUCUUUUUGUCACCCUCCUCUCCCCCCUCUGUCUUGUCUGGAUGACAGACAGUCCCUCUGGGACAAUGAAGCUUUCUGCUGCUCGCUCUGUUGUUUAUCAGACCACAAGGUUACUGUUUUGAUUAAGGCUUGCGGUCCUGCAGACUCAGAACUGGGCGGCGGCUGCUGCUCCUGCUUGCAGAUGUUGUUUCGCUGUGCUGAGGUGAAGUGAGUGGAAGUGACUCAGUGCAUAGUGUGUAAAGUACGUACUGGGUGACGUCACAGUGAAGGGUCCAGUGUGUGUGUGUGUGUGUGUGGGAAAGAGAGGGAGAGAGAGAGUAAGGAGGACGUUCAAUACAUAUAAAAACAACUAAAGUUUAUAAUAAAUAUGGAUGAAGAUAAAUAUGUUUGGUUGUCUGUGGAAAAGAAAUAAGGUUCAAGAUAAAGAAAGCUUAAGUUUUCCCGUUACAGCAUCAAGCUAUAAGACAGCUGCCUGUAAUUUUCCAAAACCUGUCAUAAGAGAAUUUUGACUUUUACCUGGACUCUUCAGCCUUCAGCUUACUUCUUAAUCUGUGUUAGCAGCUAGUGAAAUCAUCUUCAUCUAAACUUGUACUUUUUGGUGCCCCACUCACUGUUGAUGGAUCAGCAAGGGUCAGACUGUAACACCGUUCUGGUAAACUUCUGCAGAGCAAAAAAAUAGAGUUAGGUGAAAAGUAAGAGCAGGAACAUAGAAACAACACUUCUUCACAUCAGUGCUCUCCAUCAUACUAUGUUGUGUUGCACACGCAAUAUCAAUACUCCAAAGCUGGGGAGGUAAAUGCAGAAAAACACAAACAGACACGCUGAUAUUUUUGUAAGGACUGAAGCCUGAUUGACUCUAUUACAUUCAUUACACAUAAACGGAUUUUACAGACUCGUUACAAGCCUUCAUCAGCUAAAAAUAAAAAAUACCUUUAUUUUCUCCACACUGGACUUCGUGAGUGCAUGCAGAUGAAAGACAGAGGCAUGUUGUGGUAUCUUUAAAAAUGCAAAACGCUUCAUAUAUUUAGUAGACAGCUGAUCAUGUGAUCAUCAGCAGAAAUUCAGGAUGAGAUUAAUAGUUGUCAACGAUUGGAUGGCAUGUCAGCUGUAGAGAGGUCAUGGUAAAUAACUUUUAGAGAUUUUGAUCAGUGUUUGACGGUAUUGAUGAGGGAGGACCAGUGUGUAUAUGUGAGCGUGUGUGUGUGUAGUAAAUUAGGAGUGAGUACAGUGAGGGUCUGGCCCCCAUUAAGCCUCAGAGAAACAGAGACACAGAGCUUCUGCCUCUGACUGAUUAACACUGGCAGCUGUCUCUCUCUCUCUCUCUCUCUCUCUCUCUCUUUAUCUUUCCUGGGAUAUGACCUCUCGUCUCUCCUGUCCCUUGGACUUCUCUCCGUUCUAUAUCUCCUCUCUUACAGCAGCUUUUUCUUUUGUCUGCUGCAUUUCUCUAACAUUUUCUCUACAAUACCGUCCUCUCUUUGUCUCGUUUCAAUAAAUGUCUUUUCUCUCUUUCUCUCAGGAUUUCUCGAGUAUCCUGCGUUUCUCUUGCUCGACGCAAACAAUUAAGGCCGUCCUUGAGGCAUUAUUUAAUCAACAUGGUCAGUAGAAAAAAAUAUCCUCUCACAAUGUGGAAGAUACACAGAACCUGAUGUAAAAAUACUAAUCCGUUAACUAUGAAACCAUUAACCAUUAUCAGUUGUAGCUACUUUAUAGCUAAAGGACAGAAAUGAGCAGGAAAAAAAAAUACAAAUAUUUACUGAUAAUCAAUACGACAUCAAACUGGCAUGACUAUUUUUUUCUGAGCACUUGAAUGUUAAUGUUUCAGUGCUGCUCUGUUGUUUUCCUCAUAUUCUUGUAAAACACUAGUUUCUCCUCUCUGCAGUGAUCAUCUUUUCACUCCAUUCUGAGUCAAUAACCAGUUUUAAUUUUGGCCUAAUGUGGUCGGAUCUGUAGUAAGGAAUCAGUUGACUUUGUGUUUACUGAUGGGACCGUAUAACUACGGCCGAGUCACCAAAACCAGAUCAAGGUUACUCAGAGAAGCUCUGGAAAAGUUUCUGAGAAAAGAGAGGAUAAUGAAAUACAAAAUGAUCAUCAUUUAACUUGUUUCCCAAAAGUUGGCUGUUUGAUAAAACCUUUGUUUUUCUUUAUUGACUCUCCAAAUACUGACUUGGUAAAUCCAAAAUAAGUCCCUGAAGUACCUUUUCCUGUUUACUGCUGUUAUAAUCCUCCGGACCAGCAGCUCUAAAUCUACCAGGGUUGGUGAGUGAACAGUUUCUCUGCAGCUUCAGGCGGUAAAGUGCUUGUUUCGAGGGCGUGGCUGAUGUUUGGCUUCUCAUGUGCUGAAAAGAUGAAAGUAUUCACAUCUCUGUUUGUAUGGAGGCAUCAUCAUCACGCCAAAUGCUGAUAGUUAUAGAGGAGUGGAGGUGAGGACAGAGGACAGAGGGAGGAGUGGGGAUGGAGAGGGAGAGAGGACAGUUGAAAAAGUGUGAAGGAUAAUAAAGGGGAGAGCGGGGAGGUGGGGCGCCGAUGCUUUCAUUCCUGCAACGGUGUAAUGGUGAUUUAUUGUGGUUGCCAAUAGCAACAGCAUAGCUGGGGGGUGAGGGCAAUAAUAACACUGAGUGGUUUGGAGUAGAAAGCAUAAUGAGUGACAGUUUUACAUGCUCACCCCCACACAUACACACCAACAAAAGUGCUGACAGUGCUGGGUCAUUGAUUGAUAAAUCAAUGGAAAAUUAAUAGGAAUAUUUGUGAUUAUCAGUUUAUUAUCACUACAUAUUAUCACUACAUUCAAGAAACAAAAUGGACUGAUUCUUUCCCCUAAAAUGAACUCAUGAAAUUGGCUGAUAGUUAUUUGAUUUACCCUUUAAAAGAAUUUAUGUUUUAUUGAAGUAAGACGACAGUGAGGUGACGUCAAACAGGAGGUCUAACUAAGAGAUGUAAAAUAAAAGCUGAGCAGCAGGCUCACUUUUACAGCUGUGACACAGACGGGCUAAAGUCUGGUUUCUAAAAGGACAACAGCUGAUAGAGGAGAGACAGAACUCAAGUAGACACACAAAUACUCAAACCACCCGAGGGCGAAACAAAGAUGGACGCUCUGAAUAUAAAGCAAAUCUUUUCAGAAGCUGUCCUAUAAAACACACCGAGGUUAGAGUUCAGACCGAGAAAAAUCAGAUACCUGUCCUGAAGAUUAGAGGGUUGAUGUGUCAGUCUGAAACCAGAGAGAAUUAAACAUUUAUCUGAGAAAGUUAGCAACAGUCUGAGCUUAUAAAAAUGUAGAUUUUAGCUGUAGUAAUAUUUUUGACACAUGCAAAAGCUCACACACACACACACACACACACACGUUUUUUCCCACCACAUGGAGAGAUCAGUGAGGCUGCUGCUGUCCGCUCGUUUGAUCCCAGGUGUUGACUCGUAUCCUGGACUAGAUCAGACACUGAAACUCUGUAACCCUGUGGAGUCAGAAAGACCUUAUACAGAAAACUGAAGCUGUUUUCUAUUGGAGGAGCUCAGAAUGGUCCAGAAACGACCUUCUAGAAAUCCAUAACAGUAUCUUACUGCAGAGAAGACGAGCUCGCCAUCCAGUCUUCUUCUUCUGCUUCUUCUGCUUUGUUUUGUGGCGGUGGCAGCCAGUGUAAAGAAACUCCACCACCCCCUGCUGUAGAUCAGCGUGAGACUACCAAAUGCUUUUUUUAAACAAUCACAGUAUGAAAAUGUUAAUUUCUCAUAAAGAUGGUUAUUGUCGUUAUUAUUGGUGUGUUUCCAGAGCCCUCCACUCAAUGUUUCUGAACUCAAUCUGAGGUCAGAUUCUCCUGCUUGAGGUGACAAACCCACCUCACUUUAGUUAUGGAGGAGAAAAUAGAUAGUCAGGACAGUGUGUGUGUGUGUGUGUGUGUGUGUGUGUGUGUGUGUGUGUACGUGUGCGUGUGCGUGCGUGUCAGACAGUGUUGAGCCCACUCUCUUGCUUGAGGCUGGCUGAUUCCUCUACAGCUGAGUCUGAUGAUUAGAUUUAGGGUGAAAACACACAGUUCAACUCACACAGACAUAUAUACACACACACACACACAGACAAAUACACACAUCAUCACACAAAUACACAUCAAAGCAGCCUGUGUGUGCGUGUGUGUGUGUGUGUGCUGUGAGUCUGAUAGAUAGUAAGACACCAGGUGUUUGAGGUUAGGCGAGGAUCACAGCAAGGAGACCAGAGGACAGAUAGACAUGCACGCACACACGCACGCACACACGCACACACACACACACACACACACACACACACACACACACACACACACACACACACACACACACGCACUGUAAUUACAGUUUGACAGAUGUAUACCUCUCUUGUUAUGACUAUCCUUCCUCUCUCUUUGCUUUGUAAUGUGUUACAGCUCGAUGGGGUUAUAUUGAUGUUUUAUAAUGACUCUUAUUUUUGUUUUAUCUCUUUUAAAUCUCUUUGACAUUGUUUACUACCAUAGUAGUAGUAGUAGUAGUAGUAGUAGUAGUAGUUUUAGUAGUAGUAGUAGUAGUAGUAGUCGUAGUAGUAGUAGUAGUUUUAGUAGUAUAAUUAUUCCAAUAGACAGGUGAAGAAAGAAUGAAAAAAGUCCGUUGCAGUCAUUCUGACUCUGUUGUUUUAGGUGAAUUAAAUUAGUCGUCUGUUUAUCUGCACGGCGCAGUGAGAGUCGCAGCUUUACCUCUCUACAUGUAAUUUCAGUUUUUCAGUCUGAUUUCCUGUUUAUUUUUUAUUUUUUCAGCUCUGGUCUUGUGCUGUCUUCUUCUCAGCUUUAUCUCGGACAUAAAGCACUGAAAUGUUUGGCCGUUAUCCUCCUCAGGGAGAUCACUGAAGUGCGUUGCUGCAUCUCCUCUCUGUGUCUCGCAGGGCAUGAUGACAUUUACUCGGUAUGGCUGUAUUAUUACCAAGUGGUUUAGGUAUAGUGACAGCUGUGAGCCUGGGCAGUUUGUUGCUGUGGAGAGGAGAGAGACGGGAUGGGAUGAAAGGAGGAGCAGAAAGCUUGGCUCUUGGCAUCCAACCCCCUCUGGUUUUAUUGUUUUGGCUUGUCAGGAUAAUAAAAAAUGUUAGUAAUAGAAGUAAAAAGUCGAUGUGUCCACACCACCUGCAGCACUUUCCUAAGUUGAGGAGUCUUCCUGACAGAGACGCUGAUUUUAGCCUUGAAGCUUUUCCCAAACUCUUCUGAGAUCCUGAACAGUCUUGAAGUUAGACUGGAUGUGGGACGUUUGAGCCAGUAGGUAUUUUUGCUCCGAUUUGAUGUAAACCUGCGUUGGUUUCAGCUGUCUGUGAAAUUAACCGUUGACUGAACAGAUUCAGUGUUAUUGUUGUGAUGUUGAAUAUUUCUAUUUCUUACCUCUUUCUCUGGACUGUGUGAUGAUGUCUCGGUGAAGUUAUUUUUAUCCUCGAGUUUUUAGCCGUCAACUGGAGCAGCAGGAGAGAUGAGAGGACUAAAUAAUAUUACUCUGUCUCCCAUCAUCCUUUGAGUCAUCAGAGAUAUUUUAUUUAUAACUUGUCUGUUGUGAAAUACUCUGACGCCAAGGACAUGGACUGCAUCAUUCAUGAACUGAAAAAAAAACUGUUAUUUAUGGGUUAUAGUCUUUUUUUUUUCUUUCCUUUUGUAGGUUUUUGCUCAGAGGCACAUUGGUGGAUUUUGAACCCUCCUAAUUACACUGAUAGUAUUUCAAUUAAGUAUCCAAAGUCCUGAUGAAGAACGGGUGUAGCUGCAGUCAGAUGUCGGAGGGUGUGAGAGGUCAUGUAGAGUUUCAUUAUAAAGUGUGAACUGCCUUUCAUCAAACUGACAUUAAAGACGGAUCAUUCAUGGUCUCGCAGGGCGUUGGGCGCGAUGGCUAAUGCCUCCCCGGACCUGGACAACGCGGAAGCCCAGCGCCAGCUCAACAACAACAACCGACCAAUCGGCUCCGGGUUCUGGGAAACCGAGUGUACCAGCUCCAAACUGUUCGAGUGCUCCCGCAUCAAGGCCUUGGCAGGUCAGAGGUUACACUCACACACCUGUACAGACACACACAUUACCAACACUCUGUCACAAAGCUGCAUUUAAUCCUGGCACUGAAAAAACACACUCCUGUUCUACGGCUUUACCACUGAUAUGAACAUUUGUGGAUGAAAACAAAAAUAUGAUUCAUGUCAUUAAGAUCUUUUUGUCCUCAGGAACAGAUGUGUCUUUCUUUGUUUUUCCCUUUUGAAACUCUGUUUUCUUGUUUCUCUCAGACGAACGAGAUGCGGUGCAGAAGAAGACUUUCACCAAGUGGGUCAACUCCCAUCUCUCCAGAGUGUCCUGUCGGAUAUCUGACCUGUACAACGACCUGAGGGAUGGAUACAUGCUCACCAGACUGUUGGAGGUUCUGAGUGGAGAGCUGCUGGUACAAACACACACACACGUACACACACUGUACAGUAAUUUUGUGUAUAACAAUAGUGUUACUGCAUGUUAAUACUGUAGUAGUUCAGAAAUAAAGAUGCUGUGUUGUUAAAUAGUUAUAAUUCCCUCUUUUUCCACCAGCCAAGGCCGACACGGGGUCGUAUGCGGAUCCACUGCCUGGAGAACGUGGAUAAAGCGCUCCAGUUCCUGAAAGAACAGAGGGUUCACCUGGAAAAUGUUGGCUCACAUGAUAUUGUUGAUGGAAACCACCGUCUCACCCUCGGCCUUAUCUGGACCAUCAUCUUACGCUUCCAGGUAAAAAAAAAACACACACACGAUGUUAACUCUGCUCUGGUUAUCAAAGUGAUUCGGCGAGUACAGCGUGUAAGUAGUUAACUCCUUUGCAAACCGGCCCUGUAUUUAUUUUACUGUGUGAAGCAGCUGCAGGAGAAACGUUGGGAAGGGUUAAGGUCAUGUGAUUCGCCAGCACGUUUCCAUGACACUGAAAAAAAAGAAUUAUCGCCUUAUUCCGAUAAUAAGGAACCGAACAACUAAAGUGCAUGUAAACACCUCGGAGUUUGAAAACUCCGAUUGGUCGGAGAACUCCAAUUAAGACACCCAGAUAAUGCGAUUGGAAUCCGAUUUUCUCUACCAUGUAACCAGCGUAGUCGGAGUAUGAUCGGACAAUACAUGUACGCCAUGCCCCGUGACAAAAACCUCAGAGUAGAGGAGUAGCGUUGGUCUCAUCUUUAGAAGAAGUAGCGCGUCCAUCAUGUCGGACAAAAACAACGCUGUACGAUGCUCCAUCUUCUUGUUUCUCCAAAAUGCCCAGCAGCAGUUGUAGACACUUCUGACGUCUGACACCGACCUGCUGUUGUUGUUGACGGUUGUAUGGGGUCGGAAACAGCGCCGCUGAAAAGACCCACAUCGCUCCCUAGUGUUGGGGAGGAGGACACAUUCAUGUCAAUUUACGCGGACAAGGAGAGAAGUCCGAUUUGGCAAUAUCAUUGGAGUUUGUCGUUCACGAAGAUAAAUUUUUUCUUGUGAGGCAUCCAAGUUUAAAUCUGAGCUUCUGUUUAAGUGUAAUGACCUCCUACGUUUCCUGUGGUAUUCAUUGAUGCACACGGACGCUGUAUACAGCGGUGGUUUCGUCUGGGGCUGAUGAGCUGCCAGCGAUCCUGUUUGGGGCUGGCUAUCAGCCGCUGCAUCAUCAGCGUGCGACGGCGACAGCAGCGUUUGGUGGAUGAAUCCUGAAUGUCACAGCAGCCGAGUGGAAGCAGUCGCCUUCCCGUCUAUCUUACAACGAGGACGCCACACACACACACACACAACGCUCACGGCACUCGCUCGCUUACUUUCACUCUCUGUCAGCCUAUCAGUUCAUUUUUCAAAAGACACACACACACACACACACACACACACACACACACACACACACACACACUCACACACACACAGCGGGCCUUAGCAUCAGUGAUACAGGAUCAGUUCCUGCCAUGUAAGUACAGCAGAAGCCCACGGCUCCUCUUUAUUACGCCUCAGUGCGACAGCAGGGCUUCAGCACAAACUGCUGCUUUAGCAUUAUUCAGACCUUUCUCUAACAUUCAUCUUUGCACGGUCGCCCGGUACUUCUCUCUGGGGACAUGUUUUUGUCAUGCUAGGCUGCACUACCGUCCACAGAGCACAUUAAACAGCACUGCUAGCAUACUUAUAUCCUAGCAUGUCUUACUAACAGACACAGAAGAUGAAUACUGUGUGUGUGUGUGAUGAGGCUGAGCGGACUAACUUUUUAAAACUAAUUUAAUUCAAAUAUGAAAAUAAUAAUGUUGUUCAGUAUUAAACUUUAUAAUUAAUACAAUUGACAUCGAAGUUUGAACGACAGUCUGUAAUCUUUUCUUAAGUUUGAAAUUAAGGAUGAAAAUCUUAUUAUCAGUUCAGCUUUUAGACUGUGUUUUAGCCAUUAUGAGAGUGUGAUUUAAGCAGUGGUAGUGUUAGUUAAGUCCUACCCAGCUACCAGGAGCCGUGAGCAUGGCUUUAGUCCUGCUCGCCUCCCGUGAGCCAGCAGACGAUGGCCUCUUCAAUUUUGCAUGUGCUGAGAAUGGAGGGCAGUGCAGAACGUUGGCGUUGGGAUCAGGGAGGCCUCAGACUGUUCUCCAUCAGUGAUGUUUGAUUUCCUUGCAGACUUAUCAUCUAAAUUAAAUUAUAAUAAAAAUCAUAUUCUUAAGUUAUCAAAAUAAAAACAGAGACAAUGACGGACAUUAAGGCCUCAUCACACUCCUGCAGAACAAAAGGAGCAAACUGGAGUUCAUCGUGAUAAUAAUACACAGUAACAACAAGGGUUCAUUUAUAGUGAUAAACAUCGAGCUGCAUAAUAAAUAAGGAAUUUAUGUUGAUUUUGGGAUUAUCAAUCCUACCCAAAAAAGAAGUCUGAGGGCAUUAAUGGACUGUAUAGAGUAUCAAGAAUGAUUUCCCUUCCCCUCAUCUUUUCCCUCUUUCCCUCUUUCCCCCCUUUCCCCGUCCUGACAGAGAGUUUGCUUUGUCCAGUCAGCAGGUAGGGCUUCACCACUGCAGUGACUGCACACAGGCAGAAAGAGGGAGUGGGAGGAAGAGAGGAAGGAGAGGGCUGACAGUCAAAGGAAGAGAUCAGUCUGAUGGUCUUAAAGAUCCUUACAAAUAUAAUAUCAGACUCUCAUUUACAGUCAUUAUUACAGUCUACUCUCUGUUCUGUUGUGUUAAAUUUUUCUGCUUGGUCCUAAAAGUUUUCAGUCAUAUUCUAAAACUAAUGCAGCAGAAUUAUUGAUGAGUUCUUUGGUUUUUCACAGUAUAUACUAAUCAAUCAUUUACAGAUACCCAUUAGUAUGUCAUAAAUCAUGACAAAUAUUCAUCACUCACACGUCGCCUCUGAAUAUUGGUGCUCUGAUAAACAGUCAGCUAAGAUUUACUGACCUGGAAAAACAUUUAACUAUAAUGAUAUGAACUCUGACAGCAGGUUUUUGUUAAACGGGGAUCAUUUGAUCUUUACGUUAUUUCAUAAUUAGCUGUUGUCUGACAUUAGUGCUGGUGUGUCAGUGUGAUAACCUCUCAGGAAAAACUGGUAGGCUUUUAUUUUGAGCAUCACCUUCCACCUCCAAAAACAUGGGCUGUACUGUCUUUGUGUGUGUGUGCGUGCGUGCGUGCGUGCGUGCGUGUGACUGUGAGUGCUUGCAUAUAAUUGUGCCUUAAUGACAUGGCCAGCAGCUGAAUCCAGGGUGUUACGUCCCCAAUUACCACUGAUCAUGUCACUGUGAUGUGAUCAGCUGACUGGCUGUCACUGUCGGCGAUCAUCAGGCGCGGCGGUGACGUCUCUAAACUAAAGUCAUAAACUCUCUUUGCUCUUUGUCCGUCGUCUCUAUGAACUCUAUCUCACCAUGAGCGGGUUUUUAUUUUAUGUGAGUUCUGAGUGAUUCUCAUUUUUGUUUUGAAGUAAAUAAAAUUCAUAGAAGUAUUUGUUGUAGUAAGUUAAUGUUUAAACAGAAGCAUCUUCAGACACAGCCUCAGUUGUUUUUAAUCGUCACAUCAGUGGACAGAGUAAAUACCUGAAUAAUGAAAGUACACGUGAGAGUGCGUAAACAUCGAUUAAAGGUUUAGGGCCUGUAUCGUAACUUCUCUCCUCCUGAACUCUAGUUUUUUGUGUUCUCGUUCAGAUCCAGGUGAUCAAAAUAGCAACGGAGGAUAACAGAGAGACCCGGUCUGCCAAGGAUGCCCUGCUGCUUUGGUGCCAGAUGAAGACGGCGGGGUGAGCAGUCAUCUCCAAAAUACAGACUAAUAACCAUGACCGACUGUGACAGAGAUGGGGACCUGAGUUUGAGACUUGGACCUCACAGUAACCCGACCUUAGAUAGACUCAGUCUUGAGAUUUAGAGCAUGUGAACAAUCUUUUUAUUAUAUAUUUAUUUUUGUCACAUUUUCUCAGAUAUUAGUCAUCACAUAGAGUCAUUUUUCAGCCAGAUGAGACAGCUAUCUGCGAUCAAUAAAUGUAAACAGUGUUAGCUCUGAUUUUGAGAGAAUCGCUGUAGGUUUUUUACUGUCAGCUGAUUACAGUUUCAGUUGUGACUUUGAACAGUUUCCCAUGUCUGGCCUGUAACAGGUAAAGUUUGUGUUUCAGUGUCGGUUACAAUAACGCUCUCUACAUUCCAGGUACCCUGAGGUCAACAUCCAAAAUUUUACCACCUGCUGGAGAGAUGGCCUUGCCUUCAACGCACUCAUUCACAGACACAGGUGAGUCCUUUAUUUCACAGCACUAUAGCAGGUGAAAGGAAAAGGGAUUCAGAUCCACCAACAAAGACAAAGACGUUCAGCAGCUUUGACCCACUGCUGAUGUUGAGCCUCACAAACAUGACACUUGAUGACCUUGUCCCCAACAGACCUGACCUGAUAGAGUUCCACAAACUGACCCGGUCCAAUGCAACCUUCAACCUCCAGCAAGCCUUCAACGUUGCAGAGCAGCACCUGGGCCUCACGAAACUCCUGGACCCUGAAGGUGAGCGCGUUACCCACAAUUUCAACCACAUCCAGAACGUCUACGAAAAGGUUGUAUCCUCCGAUCGCAGCUGAUUGUAACCGUUCAAGUUAACGUGUCAGUUUCCACCAGCUUCUUUCCGUUCCUCUGAGGAUCGCCGGACUCCACAGCUGAACGCAAGAGUUGCUGGAUAUGAUUAAGGUGGUGUAAACUCCCAUGUUUUCUGUCUCUCACUGCUCUGCUGUGUAGAUGUGAACACAGAAAACCCUGAUGAAAAGUCCAUCAUCACCUAUGUGGUCUCCUACUACCACUACUUUUCCAAAAUGAAGGCUCUUAUUGUGGAGGGCAAGAGGGUCGGCAAGGUAAACACACAUCUCUUUGCCCCAAACAUAGAAAUAUCUCGACCUGUAACAUCUGUCAUUCACCGUCUCUGUGUGUUUUUAUUCUUCUUAUCUCUGGAUGUUGAUAUUUCCCUCUGGAUCUGUUCAGAACCUUCUCCUCUCUAUCUCACUCACAGGUUCUGGACAGCUGUGUAGAAGCAGAGAAGAUCGUCAACCGCUAUGAGGCUCUGGCCUCAGACCUGUUGGACUGGAUAGAAAAGACCAUCGCAGUCAUCAGUAACCAGAAGUUUGCCAACUCACUGACGGGAGUGCAGCAGCAGCUCCAGGCCUUCACCACCUACUGCACCAUUGAGAAGCCUAUAAAGUAGGUUCUUCAGUUUUACUAAGAGACCAACACCCUCAGGUGUUAAAUGAAACACAGACGGUUCAGGUGUUUGAAACAUGCCAAACUUUAGUACAGUGAUAUAAAGACAGUUCUGCUAGUUCUGUCAUCGCGUUGGUCCAAAUCAGUCUGAAAACUCCACCUCAGUUCACUCUUGGCACCAGACUGAGAAUUAAGACUUCACCAGGAGUCCUCAGCUCCUGUUAGACAGCCUUUACUUUGCUCUUUGAGUGUCCUUGGGCGAGACAACACAGGUGGAAGUACCUUCUGUUUGUCCUGAACAGGAGGGGAACGUGUGAGAAGAGGAGGAGGAGGAGGAGGAGGAGGAGGCCGUAUUGUAAAACCACGACACUUGAUAAAUUUUCUGUUUCUGCUUCUCAGGUUUCAGGAGAAGGGAAAUCUUGAAGUCCUUCUUUUCACAAUCCAAAGCAAACUCAGAGCCAACAACCAGAAACCCUACGUGCCUCGUGACGGGAAGCUCAUCUCAGAUAUUAACAAGGUCACACAGCCAUCAGCUGUUUUCUGUUUUUUUUUAAUCUUUCACCAAACAACAACACAUACUCAGGAGUAUUAAAAUGAUUAUCAUUUCACUUUCACGCUCCAACAGAUCACCUUCAGCUCAGUCUAAUUACUACAGUGAAUAUGUUCCAUGUAGCUCUGGUUAUUCUGCUUUGAUUUGACUUUUCUUUAAAAAUUCGUCUUCCAGGCCUGGGAGAGGCUGGAGAAAGCCGAACACGAGAGGGGCGUGGCUCUGCGCAAGGAGCUGAUUCGGCAGGAGAAGCUGGAGCUGCUGGCUCAAUGCUUCGACCACAAAACCACCAUGAGACAAGCGUGGCUCAACGAGAACCAGAGGCUCGUAUCACAGGUAUGACAAUGAGAAUGAAGUCCUGUUCUUCUCAAAGCUCCUCUGUGGUGGUCAUGUUGGAGUAGUUCGUCUUCGUCACGUUGAGCUUACAGAUGUUUUCUGUUUUCCUUCUCUCUGCUGACAGGAUAACUUUGGCUAUGACCUUCCAGCAGUUGAAGCAGCGAUGAAAAAACACGAGGCCAUCGAGGCGGACAUCGCAUCGUAUGAGGAGCGGAUAGGCGUGGUGGUGGAAUUGGGUGCAGAGAUGGAGGCAGAAGGAUACUACGACAUACGGCGUAUCUUGGCGCGAAAGGAGAACAUCCUCGGCCAGUGGAGUCUGCUGAAGGAGCUGGUGGCUGGGAGGAGGACCAGGCUGGAGAAGAACCUGGCCCUGCAGAAGACUUUUCAGGAUAUGGUCUACAUGAUCGAUUGGAUGGAGGACACGCAGGUACUGGAGGCCAACCAGGAGAGACAGUUUAAUACGGGCAGCAAAAGUAUUUAUUUAGGAGUUGGUAAAUGUUCAGACUGAAGAGAGCGAAGACUGGGACGUGGUGAUCCAGAGAUUUUCAGAUAUUCUAUUUUAAAUACGAGCUAAACCAAAAUAUUUACAGAAGUGUAUUCAGAGAUAAACAGUGAAAUGAGGGAGCACAAAAAGUACAAUGAAGGUUAAAGUUCCCUGUCACCAUCUUAAUCAUCUUCUGCUCAAUCUCAGGUGCAGCUGCUGUCCAAGGACUUUGGGAAACAUCUUCUGGAGGUGGAUGACCUGCUGCAGAAACACAGCCUGCAGGAGGCGGACAUAGCGGUGCAGGCGGAGAGGGUGGAGACGCUCAACACUGCCGCACUCAAAUUCACCACCAUAGAGGGUACACAUCAUACACUCACUUUUUGAGUUUUUGUUUUAACUGAAGGCUGUGAGAAGAAGGCUUUACCAGGUCGGUCAGAUUUAACAGAGGAGCUAGAGGGUUUCUGCCUGCUCAGAUGUCGUUCAUGAGGAAGUAUUUUAGAUUCAGUCGAGUCGUGUAAACUCAGUCAGGACACUUAUUAUUCAGUUAUUAUUUGGGGAUGUGUUUAAUCUGUAAACCUGUUGUUUGCGUCUCCCAGGUUACCAACCGUGUGACCCACAGGUGAUCUGUAACCGUGUUAACCACGUGUCCUCCUGUCUGGAGGAGCUAAAACAGUUAGCAGCUAAAAGACGGGCCGAGCUGGAAGAGUCCAGAAAACUUUGGGCUUUUUUUCAGGUAAGAUCAGCCAGAGGAGGAAAAUGUUGGUCAGAAAAUUAUAAUUUUAAUAAAUAAGACUGAGAGUUACAGAUCGAUCGAGCAUGUCGGUGAAGAAGCUCUCAGGAUGAACUUGAUGUUUUAGUGUAUUAAAAAAAAGGCUCAAUGACUCACAUCACUGCCGAUUCUUUCCUCAGACUGAUAUCAUGUGGUUGUUUUCCCCUUUCUUUACUUUGAAAAUAGGUCAGGAUGAUUAACGCUUUCUUGUUUGUCUUUUUGUGGUCUGUCAGGAGCUUGAGGAGUCGGAGGCCUGGAUCAGGGAGAAGAGCUCGAUCCUGGGAGCUCAGGGUUACGGGAAAGACCUGAGCAGCGUGCUGAGUUUACUCCAAAAACACAAGACGCUGGCAGGAGAACUGCUGGCUCACCGGUCACUUCUGCAGGUGUGUGUGUGUAAUAAUGAUAAUAAUAAUAAUAAUCUGAUAUGUUAUAUAGUUUUGAACAAUCUUAAUCACCAUCAAAAUUUUACUUGUGUUGCACCAACUGGAAAAUGGAUAUCAUGACUUAGAUUUUUGAAGAUUAGUCAGAUUGUAAUAUGACUUGAAUAUCUUGUGAAUUUGACAUUUUGUGGUGGAAAGUGUUUUUGUCGUUUUUUUUAAUGGAAACAUGAAUUUAUAUUAAAAAUAGAGAAUUUUCAAUCCAAAGAAAAACCCUCGAUCCUGCUCCUCUCCUCCAGAACACCAUGAAGCAGGGGAAACAGAUCCUGAGUGAGAAGAGUUUUGGAACGGCGGGGAUCCAGGAGCACAUCAUGGACGUGAAGAGCGAGUGGAAGAGGCUGGAGGACCAAGCCGCACAGCAUCUCGGUCACCUGCAGGAGGCGCUCAACUUUUUUCAGUUCUCCACCGAGACGGACGAUCUGGUGGUGUGGCUGCAGGAUGCUUACCGCCUGGUGUCCAGCGAAGACUUUGGACACGAUGAGUACUCCACCCAGUCACUGCUGAAGAAACACAGAGGAGUCAGCGAGGCCAUCGACAAACACCGCGUGCAUGUGUUAGCUCUGCGCAAACACACUAUAGCGCUGCCUCUGCGCUACCAAGAGGUGGGUCGAGGGUCCCGGUUUAUCCAUCACCAUAUUCCCUGACCCCUCUCGGUUCUCUCUGUUAUUCCUCGUCUCUUUUUCUCUCACCCGCAGGACUCACAGGUGCGUAUGGGAGAGGUGGAGCAGCUUUACACGGAGGUGAUCGAGGUGGCGGUGCUCAGACAGCAGUGGCUCCACGACGCCCUCGCAGUGUACCGCAUGUUCAGUGAGGUCAACGCCUGUGAGCUGUGGAUUGAUGAAAAGGAGCAGUGGCUGGACAAGAUGGAGAUCCCAGAGAGGCUGGAGGACGUGGAGGUUGUGGCUCACAGGUGAGGAGAAGGGAGCCAAGAGAUGAACAUCAGACACACACCUGUACAUUUAACAAGUCGUGUCAUCUCCCACAAUGCCGUUUGUUUCAGGUUUGAGAGUCUGGACCAGGAGAUGAACAGCCUAAUGGGAAGGAUCCUUGACGUUAACCAGAUAGUUCAGCAGCUUCUUGAUGGAGGUCAUCCUUCUUCUACAGAGGUCAGGGGGUGUCAGGACCACCUGAACUCCAGGUACUGAAGCAACAAGAACCACUGACACCCGAAUCCCAAUAACAACCUGUCCCACUGCUGACAUACACAACUACAACAACAACAACAGCAACAACAACAACUCUGAACACACACACACUCUUCUGUUUCAUUUCUACUUUGACGAUAUCCAUCAGAGCAGAUCUCUAAAAAUAAUCCAGAGAAACUAACCGACUGUCCCUUAUAUGGAGCAGCCUGUGAAUGUAAACACCGGUUCAUCAGAUCUCUGUCCUCAGAGGAGGCAGGAGUGCGUGGAAGAAGAGAGACGUUUCUGUUUGGCCGACACGGUCAUUUGCGCUGAUGUCUGCCCAGGUCCGCUCUUUCAUAUACGUCCCACUCUUACUCACUGACCACUGUGAAGUCUGGCAGCAGCAGAGUCCACGACAGCAGGGUGUCCACGAGUCUUGUGACCUUGGCACACAGUGUCAGUCUCAGGGUGACCAUCUGUGCCGGCUGCCUCCGUUACCAGAGCAAAAAUAAGACCAAACAAACAAAAUAAGCCUCACCCUGAUCUCAGGUACGAGUAAUUAAGAUUUAGUUUUAGGAUCUUCAUUUAAAAAAUACUUGAUGUAGUUGGACACUCACAGAUUACGACGGCCUUUGACCUGUUACUGAUCUGAAAUCAAAUGACAGUAAAAAAGAUUAUAUUAAUCUGAGGUUAAAAUAAACAGAUAUUUAACAGUGGCUAUUUUAGUUUUAUAAGAACACACUUUAAAUAUCCAGCUUCCUAAAAUGAAGAACCUGCUUCAGUUUCACUGAAGUUUUUUUUAUUCAUAUCUGAUAAAAAUCUUCAAGGUUUUUGUAUAGAACCGUUUUUUUUUUACAUACAGAAGAAUUUAUUUAAGACUCAUUUGCAGCGUUAACUCCUUUUCUGAAUAUUAAGAUUCUCAGUUAAUUUGUAUGCAACAGCCACUUCUCACGGGCACGCACACACACACGCACACACACACACACACACACACACAACAAUGAAAAUAUCUCCUCCAUCUUUAAGGUCACUUUUGCUGCCAGUGUCACUGAGCAGAUUUCAGUCUGCCUCUCAGUGACUCGACCAUUACCUCAUUACAGUCAAAGGGUGUGUGUGUGUGCGUGUGUUCAUGUGUGUGUGUGCGUGUGAUUCUUGGCUGACUGGCUGUGCAUUGAGACAUGCUGGAGCGGUAUCAGAAGAACAUAUUGUGUGGCGAUAUGUGAAGCAGUCAGUCCGGAGCUGAAACCACGACAGAGCGAAGAGUAAACAGAACGAAUCAGGAGAGGUCACGUCCAGUCUGUCCACCUCAUCACUGUGUUUUUGUGUUUACGUGACUUUUUAAUAGGAAGGAUUAUCCAAGUAGAGGUUACUCGUGUUUUCUCUCUUCAUUUCUCGUUACUUCACGAAUUCAAGUCUCAGAAAAAUAAUCAAACAGUCAUAGUCACAGUCAUAUUAUUAUUCUAACCUCGUGUUUGUAUCAGUCACUCAGCUGACCCUCUUCAUCACCUUCAAAAACAUUCAAACUUGUCGUCUGGCUUCGUCCUAUCUUUGACCUUUGACCUCUGACCAGGUGGAACAGCAUCGUGGAGUUGGUCGAGCAGAAGAAAGAUCAGCUGGACUCCAUGUUACGCCUACAGAACUACCUGCUGGAGUGCGCUGAGAUCAAGUCCCAAAUCCAGGACAAGAGGAAAGCCAUCGACGCCACUCAAUAUAUGGGCAGCGACCUCGGAGGAGUCCUGGCUCUGCAGAGACGACUCUCCACCAUGGAGGGCGCUCUGUCUGUUCUGGAGCCCAAACUUCUACAUCUGCAGGUCAAGAAUCCCAAGAAAACCCAUUCAGUGGUUUAGGUUCAGGUUUGGAUUAUCCUCGUAUCUUCACUGCUGCUUAAUGACAACUUUCUCUAACUGUAGGAAGAAGCAGAGCAUCUGGCCACAGUCCAUGGAAGUCGGGCCAUGGAGGUUCUGGUUCCGUUCGAUGGCAUCAGUGUGGAGUGGGAGGAGCUGAAGCGCACUCUGCAGGGCUGUGAAGACUCGCUGAUGGUGGCUAGUCGGCUGCAGAGCUUCAUUCAGGUACACAGGACCAGUUCAUACCUGGAGGAGGAGUUUAGUUUUCUCUAACUGACUCCAGCUGAUCAUCACACCAGCUGACUCUGCAGAGAUCCAGCUCAGUGAUCCUGGUCUGUAACUGAGGAACCAGUUUGAUCAUAUUUCAUACCCGUCUCAGAGCUUGACACUAAUGUUGUUCACAUGUUCUCCUGAGUUAAAAAAGUAAGGAGCACACAAAGAACUUCAGGGGAACAAUGAAAAUGGAUCAAAUAAUGUUUGUCUUAUUGAUCAACCUAAAUACUAUUAUUAGAAAUAAAUUUUAGGUCUUUUGGUCACAUGACGUUGAAGCUAUUGAAGGAAAACAGCCUUUUCUGAGAACAUCAACCGGUAAUUUAUUGAUGGUCCCUUAUUCAACACCUACGUUGACAGUGAGGGUGUCGAGUAGAUUUAACCGCGCUGCUGUUGUUAUUCCCGGUUAUGGAGAGUGAGAAGACACCGGUAGAUCCUCAGAGAAUGUCCGUCAGAUAUCCAACCUGAAACUAACUUCACCGCUGUAUUUACAGGAAAAUAUAUCCAACCUGAAACUAACUUCACCGCUGUAUUUACAGGAAAAUAUAUCCAACCUAAAACUAACUUCACCGCCGUAUUUACAGGAAAAUAUAUCCAACCUAAAACUAACUUCACCGCCGUAUUUACAGGAAAAUAUAUCCAACCUGAAACUAACUUCACCGCCGUAUUUACAGGGAAAUAUAUCCAACCUGAAACUAACUUCACCGCCGUAUUUACAGGAAAAUAUAUCCAACCUAAAACUAACUUCACCGCCGUAUUUACAGGAAAAAAAUUUUUGCCUCGCCUGAUUUUCUACAUGCGCACAUGGUCCCCUAAAUACAUUUUACAAGUCGCACACGUCUAUUUUUCGUCGCAAAUGUGAUUGUAACAGUCGCACUGUCGAGCCCUGUGUCAUAGUUGUCCUCAAAGCUGAACUCUUCUUUCUUAUUUUGCGUUAGGAUACAGAAUAUUGGAGAGAGUUAAUUAAAACAGAGAUCUGAGGUAUCUUAAUGAGUACGUAGAUAAAGGAUCUCUUUCACCCAUAAAUAAAUAUACUCUACAUUUGCUUGUUUUCCCUUCACUUUCACAGAGCAUGAAGAAAAUCUUGAUCCUCUAAUAGUGAGUCAUGAAAAGUAAACUCAUGUUUAUGAUGAUAAUGUUCUAAUGAGGGGUUCUCACACCACACACCAGGACCUGGACUCGUUCCUCACCUGGCUAGUCCAGACUCAGACCUCUGCUGCCUCGGAUCAGCUGCCCAAUGAUCUGGAGGAGGCAGAAAAACUCAUCAACAAGCACGCUGCCCUGAAGGAGGAGAUUGGACGGUGGGUUCUUGAAAGAUCUUUAGCAUGUGCUCCAAAAAGCUCUGCAGGUUCAGAGAAUGAAACCAGUUGUUGCUUCUGUUCUCCACGCAGUUAUGAAGAGGACUAUGAGCGUCUGCAGGCCAUGAACGAGCUGCUGGAGUCAGAGGAGGCUCCUCUUCCUCAGGCUGCCCUGCAGCAGUGGCUCCAGAAGCUGGAUGUUGGCUGGAACAAGCUGCUGGAGAUGUGGGAGAGCAGGAGAGAGGUUCUGGUCCAGGCUCACAUUUUCCAUCUGUUCCUGCGAGACGUCAAACAGGCCGAGUCUUUCCUCAACAACCAGGUGAGACAAAUGGACCUGGUGGUCUAGUGUCGACCAUUUCAGCCGGUCCCUCUGUCUGCUCAUCAUGAAGAACAUUUGUUUUAACCUCUGUGAUGUUUUUCUCUGAUGUACCCUAACUCCACACCUGUCCGCUGAUGUUUAUCUGUCCUGUGUCUUUAAAGCAGACAUGUACUCUGCUAAUUUCACCUUUUUAUCUCUCCAGCAUUUUAAUGACCGUCUCUGGAGAGGCUCAGUGUCUCCUCCUGACUGGACUGGGUGUGGUCGGUGUAGCCCUGUGAAAAAAGGGACUGACUUAGAGCGAGGGAGAGAGAAAGCGAGGAUGAGAGAGUGUGUGUUUGUAUGUAAGUCUGUGUGUCUUUGUGAAGAGAGUGUCUGUAUUAUGUGAUAUCAAAGUAGAGACUUUGGAGGCAGCAGACCUCACUACCUUUAGAUCUACCUGACGGUUUUAUGAUGAGGUGUAAGAGAAAAAACUAUCAGCUCCUCUGAUUCAUGUCUACUCUUGUUUAAUGAAAACCAGUUUGAUCGAAUCAAUCGACUUUUGUUGGGAGACUGAUCGAUUUGAAAUAUUCUUUUUUUUUGACCUUAUCUAAACUUUAGGCUGUUUCAUUUAUAAAAGAUGAUGUAAAAAAACAUCAGAGGACCUUAUAAAAUCACAGAUAUUCAGACUCUUAAUAAUAAUAACGUAUCAGUGAACUUUUGGAUCCCCUUCUUCAAUAACGACAGUCUUUGUUUCUGCAGCAGCAGGUUUGAGUCUCCAUAGAAAGUCUGUGUGAUGAAGUUCAAACCCACAGACUUCAGUUUUCAGUCUGCAGUCCUGUAUUUACUCGCAGCAUUAUUACAAACACAGAGGUUUGUUUUUCUAGACUGAAUGUCACAGGCAGAGAUGUCCUUGACUCCUGUGUGUGAGUGUGUGUGUGUGCGCGUGCAUGUAUGUAUGACUGUGUGUGUGUAUGCGAGGCUGUGUGUUGUCUCUCUCUGUUUGAUAAUAGAUCUUUACCAGGAACCGAGCCUCCCUAAAAGCCCGGGGGUGGGAGAGGCAUUUCUUCUUGAAUAAGAAUCAAAGUGUCUCUCUGUACCUCUCUGUUUCCUCUGGUCUAUAUCUAGUUCAGUUUCUUUAUUUUCACAGCUUAAAGACAUUUUUAUCAACACGUUUUAAACCGUCUCUCUUCAUUCAGUCUUUGGUUCUUCAGUGAUUUAUUGAACAUCAAUCCACAAACAUUUUUAUAAGGUGGUAAAUGCAAAACAGUCGCUCAGAUUAACAGACUCAGUGGUUUAUGAUGGAGUCUGUGAAAUGACAGGAACGUUUUCCAUCAGAUUUCUUUUAAAGUGAUCACUUCAGAAAAGUUUUUUCCACUGGAGUUUGAGUCAGAUUAUAGGACUGAUGAGUGGAUUCUCUAAAAGUUGGAUUUCAUUUCCUUGUUGGCUAAUCUGCUUUGUCUAACAAACAAGUUUCACUCACUCCUCCGGUGAAUUCCACAUUUCUUUAAUUUCUUCUCCAUCUAUUUACAGUUUGUCAUGUUUCUGAGUUCAGCUUGUUCUGUUUUAGUCUUUACAACUAAAGUUCUUGAACUAAAACUGUGAUUUUACUUCUUCAUCUCGCAGGAGUCGGCCCUCGCUCACGUGGAGCUGCCCACCACCGUGGAAACAGUGGAAGGGGCCAUAAAGAAACACAAGGACUUCACCACCACCAUGGAGCUGAACCUGCACAGGAUCAAAGCGGUGAUCGAGGCCGGAGAGAGUCUGAUCAGCCAGAGUAACAUCUACUCCGAGCGCAUCAAGGAGCGCAUCGACACGCUGGCCAACAGGUACAAAAAAAACAGAAACAUGUUUGAAUAGAGAUUUAUAGAGAGCUGUGAAGGAGUGACUCUGAAGAGCGUGGUUGGAUUACUGAUCCGAAGUAUAAGUAAAGAAAAUAUCUGAGUAAAGAAGGAAGUUUUCAGAUUUUAAGGUCAGUUUGUUCUUCACUCAGUAAUUUUAUUUUCUUCAGAUGAAAUUCUGCUCAGACGUCUCUCUUCUCAUUUGCUCAUGCUUGUUUUGGUUCUGUUCAAACCGAAACUCUCACACUUGAUCCCGUUUGUACGUUGAGCUGCUUUUAUAAUAUUCUGCAGCUGUUCAGACUCAGUGUGACGAUAAUAAACAGAACAAUAAGAACCGAAGAGCUGAACACAGAGGCUAACCCUAACCCCGAUGGAACAAAACCCAGAAAACAGAGCUCUGUGUCCUGAGACCAGAACUGACACCUGACCAUGAAAUCUGUGUGAUAGCUGAGGACGGCGGCUCUCUGUGUGUCUCUGUGUGUGAGGUGGGGGUUGGGCUCUGCUGUGUAAGUGUAUUUGUCCAACAAUAGUAAUGUGGAGGGGCCAUAUGGGCUUUAGAUUUUAAUUUACAUAAUUUAAAUCAUUUUUCUCUCAGGGAGACGAUAAAUGAGAGACAUCAUCAUGUUCAUGUUUUACACUCUGGUCGUCUCAAGAUCACUUUACUAUUGUUCUGUAGUCUUGUACUCUUUGUUUAUUUAUUAUAAAAAAACAUUUCUGUCAGUAAAACUUUAUUCAUGUCCAAUUAGAACAAAUUCACAUCUGAUCUACAUUAACAGGAAAACCCUCAACACACAAAACAAGAAACAAUGAUUUCAAAAACAAGAAUAAAAGGAGAAAUGAAGAAAUGAAGAAAUAAUGUUGAGCUGAAGGAAAGGUUAUCCGCUCUCAUUCUACUCCAAUCCUGGUUAUUACUGACCAUUUACUGCCAAAACACACUGAAAAACUCUCCUAUGGAAGAACUGGAAAUAUGACAUUUAUGACAAACGUGCUGCAUAUAACGCCACACUGAGCAGUUCUGCAUUUUUACCUGACAUGGACAUUUCUGACUCAUGAAUCAUUGUCUGCGUGUCGUGAGAUUUCUGGGUUUUGGUCUCGAAUACCUCACACCUGCUCACUUGUUCAAUAAUGAAAGUGAAUAAUAAAGGUGACAGAGGGCAGCCCUGUUUGAGGAAAGAUGUUAAUCCAUGAACAGAAACAACAGCUUGUGGAGAAGUUUGAAGCAGUUAGAUCCAGCUGAUUAAAAAAAUUCAUGUAGUUACAUGUAUUCAUGUAUUACAUCAGUCUCUAACCAACACAGUAACUGAAUGUGGUGAAUUUCAGACCAGACAGAGGAUUUAGAUUUUUUAGAAAUGCUUGAACGCCCUCCAAACUAUUUCUCAUUUUUAAAACAGGAACUGAUUGACCAGAAUUGACAAGAUCUCUGCCUUUCUGUGACUUUCCAGGGGAAACCAGAACAGACAGCUGGCUCAGCUGUGGCUGGACAAACUGAACGACCAGUGGGAGCUCCAGAGGUUUCUUCAGGACUGUCAUGAGGUAAGAGGCUGGAUGGUUCAACUUAGAAGUCUGAUGUCAAAGUAAGUCAGUGCAACUCCCUCUGAAGAGAGAGUGAAGGGGGCGGUAAUCUCUGAACCCCCUUUUCCUGUUAACAGAACCACCUUGUAACUUUAGCGACAUCUAGUGGUGGAGCAAGUUUUAGUGCAUCAUAGGAGUUUAAAGGCACACAUAUUUAAACCUCUUCUUUGUAAUUGGUCAGAAGAAACAAAAAGAUUUGUGUGUGCUUUAUGACUGUUUGUCAAAGUAAACCUCUAUUUUUAAAAGUGCCAUAAAAAUAAAGUUGUUAGUAUUAUUAUCAUCUUAGUCCAUGUCAUAAUUAUGAGAACUGACAUUUGAAUGAGAUGAUGGUCAGAUCUUUCUGAAGUCUAAUUAGCAGAAAUAAUGAAACAUGUCGUCGUGUGAAGACCCCCGUUUGGUUAUCUUGUGUCUGUGGCUGUAACAGACGUGGUCCUCAGCGUGUUUGUUUGUGUGUAGUUGUGGGAUUGCACACGGCUCACCUCUGUCCGAUCCCAGAGUCGGCACUCUCACCCUGCAGAGUCACGGGGGUGGGGGGGCGCGGGGGGCAUCUUUCUGGGCCAAAACCUUGUUUAGUUUCAGCAACUUUCUCUCUUUGGCACCACUGAAUAAUUCAGCUCCUCAUCAUUAAUUCAGAGGAGGAAGAGUGUAUCUGACCGUGUACUGUACAUCAGUGUGUGUGUGUGUGUGUGUGUGUGUGUGUGUGUGUGUGUGUGUGUGUGUGUGUGUGUGUGUGUGUGUGUGUGUCAUCUAUACACACUAUCCGUCUUCACUAUGCGGUAUGCCUAGUCUGUAAAAAUACAGUACAUGAGUCUUCCCCUGACUCUGUGUGUGUGUGUGUGUGUGUGUGUGUGUGUGUGUGUGUGUGUGUGUGUGUGUGUGUGUGUGUGUGUGUGUGUGUGUGUGUGUGUGUGUGUGUCCUGCCCACAGAGGGGGGGGGGUGACACUGCGUCAGUCUGUGAGAACCUUAGCCUGGGUGUGUUCCUCUGUUUAGUCUGCAUCCUGAUGUUUCCUGCGUCUCUCUGCUUCACUCUGAGCUUCAGAUAUCUUCGUCUCUUUUCUUCUUCUUCGCUCUCCAGGAUAAUAGUUAUGACUCAGACUCCUGCUUUCAGCCAUGUAAAGACAAAUAACUGCAGAUAAAACGUGUGUAUGAACUUAACCGCUCCAGUGAACAGCCAGUCCUGUGUGUGUGUGUGUGUUUGUGGGGCAAAAACAGGGCUUGCCUCCUCUCUUUGGUUGUAGUGGAUGAACUGCCCUCCCUAGAUGGAGCUGCUCUUUAAGAAAAACUCACUUAAUUAAAAACCAGCUGAAAAAACUUAUCUCACAGAAAAAGCAAAAGUUACAAGAGAGCAGAGAAGAGACAUUUCUGACCGUGUUUGUACUUUUAUUUCUGUCUAAACUGUUGAAACACACCUGUAAACAGAGGCCGGCGACAGUUUUAUGGGCUUUCAUUAAGUUUGUGUUCAGGUGUAACUUAUCAUUCAGUAAUACUCAGGCAGUCCUGUUGUUAACUUUUUGGUUUCGAUGCUUGAAAAAUUCAAGGAUUCAAAGAGGAACUUAAAAAACAAUCGUUUGUUCAGUAAUUUCACCUUUCUCAUCUAAUCCUGUAAAUCCUGGAGGAGCACUGAGCGCAUUUAGAAAAUUCAGAGUUUGUCCUCUUCCUUCUCAUGAGGAUGUCGUUGAAUCUGCUGUAAAGUGUGAUAGCUUUACAGAUAAACUCUGAUGUGAUUGAGGUAAAGAUAGGACUGAUGUCUGUCAGCAGGGCCGGUUUUUGCUGAGUCUGAUUUUCUGUGCCCUCCCUGUAAAUACUUUGAGAAUCUGUAUUCUUCCUUCUGUCAGGAACUAAAUCCUCCUCAGCACUAACGGGUUUUGAACAGAGCAGUGAACUCUGAGCCGCGCUCAUACUGCAGCUCUUUACCUGGAUUCACCUCCAGGUCUGUUCUGGGAAAAGAGCAGGUGUGUGCCCGAAGGCUUCAGGACUGAACACCGUGUGUCUGAAACACCAAUGACAAAUGAACUGUCCCUCUGUGUGUGUGUGUGUGUGUGUGUGUGUGUGUGUGUGUGUGUGUGUGUGUGUGUGUGUGUGUGUGUGUGUGUGUGUGUGUGUGUGUGUGUGUGUGUGUGUGUGUGUGUGAAUUCUUCCAUUUUUUAUCCUUUUCUUGUAAAUAUGAGCAGCUGUAAUUAUACAGCAUGUACAAAAAUUCCAUUUAAAUUACUCAUACACUCUCAGUUUUAUAUGUUAUUAUUAUUAUUAUUAUUAUUAUUAUUAUUAUUAUUAUUAUUAUUAUUAUUAUAAGUUUUGACAGGUAUUACAUUUUGGAUGAACAGAAUAAUUUUAAUUUCUAACACAAGCAGCAACAGUUGGGCUUGACAUUUCAUAUAUAUUAAUACUUUUUUGUAUCCGUAGUCACUUAUAUAAUAUAUCAUGUAGUAUUAUAUAACUGUGUUUUUAAAAAUUCAUUUUUUUUUGCUCAAUAAAUCAAAAAAAAAAAUCCAAAUGAAAAAUUUCCAAAAUUCAAUUUUAUUUUGUAAUAAUAGUUUAUAAUACACAAAGGAUCAUGUAGUGAAAUAACAUGAUGAUGAUGAUGAUGAUAAGGUUAAAGGUUUUAGCUCUGUUCAUCCUUCCUGUCACCUUGAACAGUCUGCUUAUUGAAUAAAUAUAAAUAAAGUUCUUCCUAUCUUCUCUUCAUCCCUCGCUCCCCUCCUCUCUGAUCGGCGUCUGUCGUUCCUCUCAGUCGAAGGUCGCAGUGAAGUCUGAUGAUGUAAAGAUGAGACCAUAAAACCCUCCAGUCCUCACUCCUCUCCCUCCUUCAUUCAUUCAUUUUCUCUCCCUCUCUGUUUCCAUCUUCCCUUCAUACGUCAGACCAACUCCUCUGCACCCCCCCCCCCAUCCAAUUCAUUCAUUUUCUGACCCCUCCCUUCUCCAUUUACCCAACGCACACUCACAGAGUCCCUCCUUCCUCUCCCUUAACCCCUUUUCAAUUCAUUUACAUUCUCCAGGGGGCUUCAGGCUGUGACCCCCCAUUACCUCUGCAGUCGCUCAGUCAUGGGACCUGCCUGUGUGUGUGUGUGUGUGUGUGUGUGUGUGUUUGCACAGGUUUUAUGAGUCUGAGCGUGCUGCAUACGUUGUUGUAUGUGUGAAGGUUUGAAGCGUGUUUACUCAUGUCAGCUGGCGUGUCCUUACCCGUCUGCACAGUGUGUGUGAUAGUGUGUGAUAGUGUGUGAUCGCUCCAGAAUGAGGUGACAGAGUGACGCACACACACACACACACACACACACACAGAGGAGGAGGAGGUGUCGGACAGACAUCCAGCCCCGCUCUUUUAAAGGAACAAGGAGGUGCAGUAAAUCUAGGAGGUUACAAAUAAAUCACUCGGGAUAAAUCAGCGCUGCUUCCUGUCCUUUUCUAUCCUCCAUCUCUCUUUUUCCACGAAGACAGCCCCUCUUGUCUCUCUCUUUUCCUCCGUCCAGAUCUCCUCUGUUUCUCUCUCUCUCUCUCUGCUCUUUGCUUUACCACUGCAGCAGCAGCAGCAGCAGCGUCAGGCUAGCUGGAGACGGAGAGUGCAGCUGCAGAGAGGAGGAUGGUGGAGGGGGUUGGUGUGAUGAAGGAUGAGACAAAAGCAGCUGUGGAGGAGUCGAGAGCGCGGCUCUUAGAGGAGACUGUUUCAGGGAAAAAUGAGAAAAAAAAAAAAACUCUUCUUUUGUGUUUCAGUUUUUCCUCCCCAUCACUCUCACCCUCUUACCUGCUUUCACACCAUCUAAAGCCCACCUCCCCCUCCACCUCCUCCAGUUCAGCAUCAUUGGCCAUGACUGGUGAGCCUGGAGGCUCUGCCUGCAUCCCUGCCCCCCCUAAAAUCCCAAUCCUAGUCAUGUGCUCCUCCCUCUCCUCCUCCUCCUCCUCCUCCUCCUCCUCCACUCGAUUCCUCCUCCAUCCGGCCAGGCUGCCCGCUAACUCUCUCUCUAACCCACUCGCUGCUCACCUGAACGGGGAGGGUGCCCGUGCGCUGGCUCGGCUGCCUGCCAUUUUGUCGUUUUUGGAUUUUUUUCUACCUCUACUUUUCUCUCUGUGAUCCUCAUUUGUGUCUUCUUUCUCGUCACUGAUUCGCCCCCACCCCUCCUCUCUCUGCUGGUAGUGGUUACAGCAAAUCCUCGGCAGCACAGCAAAUACAGAGAGAGAGAGAGAGAGAGAGGGAGGGAGGAGCGCAGCCUCAGUGUGAAGUAUCCAGACUGUCUCCUUUUUUUACCCUCCUGCUUGGCAUUUUCCAGCAGUAACACCUUUUGUGUGGCUGUCCUCUGAUCAACUCUACAGGAGGCGCCUCCUUAUAUCUCGCUCUCUUUUUCCCUUUUGGUCCUCGUUCUCCCUCUCUCUCCGUAUGUCUCCGGUGAAGAGCGUCAUGUAUCCAGCGAGGAUGCGGAAACCAGUGGCUGCCUGCUGCUGCUGCUGCUGCUGCCACGAUUUCGUUGGCUGUUCCUGCUAAACGCUGCUGGUAAAGAGGGUUAUUGGAUUUACAGUUUAGUGAGAAGAGAGGGACGGAGGUGCAGGUGGAGAAGCUGCUGCAUGCAGGUGUGAGGAUGUGGACGUCAGAUAGAGAGAGGAGAGGCUAAUAUUGACCUGGAUUUGUUGGUGGUGCUGUCAGUGCAGGCGUGAUCUGUUUUAACGGCGUGUGUGUGUGUGUGUGUUGUUUGUGUCACACUGACGUAUAUUUCCUCACUGAGGGACAGCUGUGGAGGAGCCGUGUGUGUGAGUGUUGGUGCUGUGGACGCUGAUCUGCUGGUGUUUUGUGUCUACAUGUGAAUUCCCGCCGCCAUGCUUGUUUGUACACGUGUGUCAGCCUACAUGUGCCUGCUGUGCGUCAUGAAAUAUUCAUGUUCGGGGGUUUGACCUUGUACUUGCAACUGUAUGUUAUUCUCAUGUAUUCAUCAACCAAGCCUGCGUCCUGUUUUUAAUCAGCUUUUACACAGAAACUAAUGAAUAGACGUGUUAAUGAUAACGAGGAUGAUGGGGUUCAGAAUAUCAGCGUGCACAUCAGAGGGCGGAGGAUGUUUUGAUGCUUCUUGGUACCUUAAAAAUAGUUCAUCAGUUUAUUAUCUAUUCUGUGACUGUAUACCCAUUACUGACCUCUUUCUCUCUCUCUGUCUCUAAUUCUCUCUCAGCUUGGGGACUGGGUGUGUGAGAAGAUGCUGAUGGCGAGGGACAGUAGCCGAGACGAGACCCAGAAGCUCCAUAAGAAAUGGCAGAAGCACCAGGCCUUCAUGGCCGAGCUGGCCCAGAAUAAGGAGUGGUUGGACAAAAUCGAGAAGGUGAGUCCUGACAUGUCUCAGAGAAUCAGUGAGUCCUUUUUUUUUAUUCUGAGCAGAGAGUUUACCGAGUCAUUUCAUGGGAACUUUCUGUCUCUGAAAGAUGAGCCGUUUCUGAGUGUUAUGUAGCUGUGCAGUAGAGAGGAACAGUAUCUUGGGGUUCCUCUCUGGUGUUUGUUGGGAAGGUGUGUUUCUGUUUCUGUUAGUUUGAUUUGGACCGGUGUUACUGCAGUUCGUACCCGUCUGUCUGUUUUUAUAGUUUUUGUGAACAGUCAUACAUAUCAAAGUGUUAGAUAUUAGGCCCCUCUGUGUUGUAGCAUAUUUGUAUAACAAAUACCACCAGUAUUUGAGCAUGCAGACUCUGAGCCAGUUUUUCCAAUAAGACUUCAGUUAUUAAGGAGUUCCUAAGAAAGGUGUGAAGAAAGUAGAAAAACAAACAUAAAGCUGUGCUGAAUAUCUUUGUAGUGAGUGAGUCAUCUUGAUGUAAACUGUGAAUGCCAGCUAGCUUACUGUGCUAACAGUCAGCAGUGUAUCACUGAUGAAGCAUUCAUUCUAACAGUUACACAGUCUUCUGUCGCCCUGUCUUUAACGUAUUAGUUACAUAUUUGUGCAGCAGCUGAAAUCAUGAAACCAAAUCCAGCAGGAAGGACAGGAAGUAUAACAGAGAGAUAUUCAGUCCAGAGGAGUGUGCUGUUCCGCCUCACUGCUGCUCUGGGUCCUCAAAGUUCUGUUUCCACAUCAGCCUCUUUUAUAAAGCUGCACCUGACACAGGAUGGAAGAGGGUCGGCUGGUGGUUCUGGGCUACAUGUCCAGGUUUCUGUUGGUUCUGUUCACAACGGACUGGCUGAGAUGAAUCUGGACUUGUAAAAUCAGCUCUGGUCAGAGGAGGUGUAGGUCAGUGUGAGGUCCCUUCAGGCCGCCUGUAACUCAUCACAGAUUUCCAAUCCCAUUUUAGUCACAGUCACACAUUGUGUGUGUGUGUGUAUAUAUGUGUGUGCGUGUGUGUGUGUGUGUGUGUGUAUAGGUGAUAAUUAAAUGACAUUUGAUAUGUUGUGACUCCACAGAUGGCUGAGGAUGUCAUGUUGCCAUCUACGUUAACAGUUUAUGAUUUGUUUUUUCUCUAAUUACUGCGUGUUGUUUUCUAAAUGAGGCGUCCACAAGAAAACAUAGAUCCCUUUUAUUCUGCUAAAUGACAGAGGGAUGAAUGUGUUCACAUAAAAAAACAGGACCCAAUAAAAGGUUCAGUCUUUGUCCAUCCAGGAGAAACUGUGGUUGAGAAGUUGAACUGAGCGUAGAAGUUUCUCAGCUCAGUCUGUCACCUCUUCUAAUACAUUCAACGGGCAAAUGUGAAAAUAGACAUCCUGUUUAAAGGGCUUCACUGUGACCCAGCUCCACCUCUGUACGAAGGCUCUGAUUUCACCAGUGUCAGAUGUGUUGUUACUCUUUGCUGCUGCUUUUCCUGCCUUGACCUUUCAGGUGUGCAGGUGUGCUCCCCGCACCUGAAGCUUUGUCCUUCCAUGUAAGCAUGUGACAGGGCAGUGAGUAAUGACAAUAAUAACCUUCAAGUGGUCUGGACUGAUGUUGGGGCUAAAUGAUGAUCCAGUAUAUGAUGACCCAUCAGUGUAUUUAGACUGAGGAACAGUUGGUGUCUGCUGGAAGAGCUUAAACUGCACAUGUGGAUGUUGGUGUGAAAACUGGUUCACUGAGUGUGUCAGCCAUGAAAACUCUGUGACAUAAUUUCCUAAUCCUCUGCAGUCUCGUCUUCAGCAGGACAGAAGCUGAACUGAACCCCCCUGACAGGAGUAGAGUAAUAGAGCUGAGGCACAGCUCUGCUUCAUGUGAUCCACCUACAGACUUCCUGACAGUCUUCAGUUCACAGCUGGGACUGUCCCCCUCUGUCUACAGAUGAACCGAAAGUAAAAACAAAGUAAUAAAUAAACGGGUUUCCUGUUAAAUCAGUGUAACACUGAGGCUGAUGGCUGUACAGGUAGACAGCAGCUUCACCCACUGAUGAAGCAUAUGCUGCUCAUUUUGACUAAUUACUGUAUGCCUGUUGCUGUGAGGUUAACCAGUUCUCUCUAUUAUUCUAUAUUGGGUGAUGUGAGUGCCCUUAUGUGAGUCAUGUGUAUGUGGCCCUGUACUUGUUAGCGAUAAUGUGGGUAUGAUGACUGAUGAGUAAUUAUAAACAUAUAUACUGUAAAACACAUAAACAUAAAAGGAGGUGAUGGCAGAGGAGCACAGUGAGCAUGGAGCUGUUUCCAUCAUAGAUUCAGAGGUUAUGUGCUAAUCUGAGGGUAGCUGAUGGUGUCACAGAUAUACAGAUGAGGUCAUAGUAUGAAAAAAGAUAAGUUUUUCAGGAGCAUUGAUAACAAACACAAGUUAUUUUCCAUCGAUGACAAGAACAUAAAAACAGUCUAAAAUUGUCUGUUUGUCUCUAAACGAUCUGUGCAUGAAAUCUGCUGCUGCCUCCAUGUAUAAGAGAGUCCAUUGUGUUUUUACGACACCCACAAGCUCAAGUAGAAGAACAUGCCAAGUGCAGUUUUUUGUUUGCAUCUUUGGAUGCAAGUAUGUCAUUUAGCUGACAGGAAAACAAACAGUAACAUCCCACUCAACUCUCACCACAUUCAGCGCUGAUGAAACAACAGAUCAACCUCAAAAUUCUCUAUCUCAUGUGUGUAAUAUUUUUGUUGUUUACUUUCCUAUUUAGCCGUUACAAUCAGUGUAGAGAACGAAGCCCACAACUUUGGAAAGCGACAUGUUUCUUGUGCUGAGAAAUGUGAGCAAGUAGGUAGGACCUAAAGGUGGUGACACUACAUAUGAAUCAAUAAUGCACAAUAAGUACAUUUAUAAAACCUUACAAAUGCAUCUAUAAGGCUGCAUAACAACCUGUAUGUGUGUGUGUGUGUGUGUGUGUGUGUGUGUGUGUGUGUGUGUGUGUGUGUGUGUGUGUGUGUGGUUUUAAAGAUCUUUUUACAAGGACGUUUUGAAAGCAGCAGCAUUUGGACUUCAGUUUUUCUUUGUCAAGGAGUUAUUUAAGGAUCCAGUCUUGAUUUAGAGGAUGAGAUGAAACAGAUUUGAUAGUGAGGGAUAUAAGUGUGCACACAGUGUUGUUCUCAUAUGUGAUAAAAACAUUUCUUUAGUGGUCCCAGCUUUAGUGGUCCCAGCUCAGGCUCUUCAGUGACAGACUGUAGCCCCACCAGGCCUCCUAGCUGUUGGCAGGUACAUAGACAGAGUUAAGCCUCUGAAGUUGUUAGUGGCAGCAAUGUUCGCCCCAUAAGCCUGUUCUGGGCUGUUGCUUAGCAACCUUUCUUUUUUUUUUUUUUUUGCCAUAUAAUUUUCAUAGGAUUUGGUAUCAUAGCAGAACUUAUGAGGUUUUGUAGACUCCUCUGGCUAGUUUGUAUAGAUGUUGUUCUGUCUGUUUACACUGUGCUGUAGCUGAGGUCUUAAACAGAAUCAUAGUUGAACCUCAUCUGAAAUCUUUCUCCUUUAAAAAGAACAUUUAACAGCUUCAUUGAAGGUUGAACAGACAAAGCAGAAAACUAAGACACAGUCUUCCUGAUCGAAAAUUCAAUCAAGUUGUUAUUGGAGCGUUAUUCCUGUGGUCCUAUUCACUGAGGUAUAAACCGUACAAACAAAGAGCAUCUUCUGUCCUGGUUUUGUCUCUCUGUUUUUGUCCUCUGAGAGUCUUGAGUCUAUUUAUGUCAUCAGGUAAGAGCUCCUCUCCACCUUGAAGGACUGUGUGAAGCACAUUGCCAGAUUUUGGGGUGUCUUUGUUUUUAUUCCAGUGUGUGUAAGCUCAUACUGGACCUUUCAGCUGAAGUGUCCCUGAGAGUUUGAGUAGCACCAAAAAAGGUUUACUCAUAAUCACAUGGUUUUGGGAUUGAGUCUGCCUGUCCCCCGCUCCUCAGUAAAACCACUGUAGCUGCUCUUAAUACAAUUUCUGAAGGAGUGUGUGUCCUGGAAAAUGACACAAACACUAUAGUUAUGAUAACACCUGUAGACCACUGCUUGACCUUUACCUGUAGACCACGCUUCAGCUGUGGUCCCUGCGUGGAGGAGACUCAGUGUUGUUGAGGGAGACCCCAGCUGAGGAGGCUUUUUCUGAUACAUUGUGAUGCAGGCAGUGGUCUGUGUCAGUUUCUGCUUUGACGUCAAGAAUCCAACAGCUGCUCGUUUCCUCUUCCUGUGCUUCAGGUGGUUGCCAGGCAACAUUCGUCCCGUCCUUUCUCCUCUCUUUUUGCCGUCCUGCCUCUCUGUGCUCUGCUCACGUGUGAAGGUCACUCCCCCCUUCUCUUUCUACAUUUCUUAUUAUGCUAGGAAACAGGUCAAGACUGAACAGGAAGUGAUGUCAGACACCCUGGGAUGGGGCAUGAAAACGCUUCGGAGCGAUGAAAUUCAGCAGACAACAGGAGGUGUUAAUGUGUUGUAGCACUGAGGGCCAAACUUAAAAAGCUGAGGUUUGCAGUGUUCUGACUGUGUAAUGAGAAGUUUAAUCAAUAACUCUGCUGUUGGGAGGCUGCAGAAGGACCGCGCUUCCUUUCACGUAAACACGUUUGAAUAUAUGAGUAUAAAGUUUUAAAAUGUGAAGCUUUCACAAAGAUUGUAAAAGAGAACGACCGAUGCCCGUCUGUAAAGAUCUGCUUUAGACGGAAACUUGAAGAGGAAGAUAACCCGACUAUAUACUUCUCCAUAAAGAGCAGAGAUUGACCACAACAGUGUCUGCUCCACCUCCAGGAGACGUGUUGGCUGUAAAGACAUGCUUACUAAGUCUGAAAUGUCUGUAAUGUAACUCUGCAGUCGGUGUUUUAGCCCAAAUAGAAGCUGCUGGCUGUUCUGGCCGAUCCGCUUCAGCUGCAGCAGAUUGUGUUUGUUUGUGUUUGUGUGAAUGUGGGGGAGUGUGUGAGAGUGCACAGUGAAAAUGGCCUCCUCACAAUGCCAGCCUAAAUCCUGUGGGCUUUUGAUUCCUGUCCCCUUAUCUUCUGAACGCUUGAACAUGAAUUGGCCUCAUUAACUCAUUAAGAAUAAGAGCCUGAACCACCACUCGCUUUAUUGCUCGUUAAAAAAGAAGCGUAUAGUUCAGGGAGUGGCUGUUGUGUUUGGAUUUUAAAAAGUUACGAAUUAAGUUGAAAAAUGAUGAAACUCCAGAUAUAAACGCGUGUGUACAUUUCUCUUUAGUUUGGAUACACUCUGUACUUCAUACGCACCUGCCUCAGCUUUACUCAGCCCUUUCUGCAUCAAACCUGACCUGUAGGUUUGCGCUGGCUGUGCAGAAUAUGAGAGUGUGUGUGUGUGUGUGUGUGUGUGUGUGUAGGCUGUUGUGACGAUCUGUGUGGUGAGAACAUCAAUGGAGCUGUGACGAUAGCAGCACUCUCACACUGAGACAGAGAUCCGAUGUUAUGUCAUUAUUUUGCUCCUGUUGUAUCAGAUACACAGACAUGGCGGCGUGAGGGAGAUGGAGAAGGGUUCGAGGCAGGUUGUGUUCUUGGAUUGUAAUAUUCUGUCACUGAUGCGUUGGCCCUCUUUCCUGGAUGUUGUCCUGAAGCUGCUGUAUGAUGUGACUGAACGCACUUCACCUCAAAAUACGAUCAACGCUUUUUCAGGGUUUACUCUGACCACCUCUCAGACAUUUCUCUUCCAUUAUUACUUUUGGUUAUCAACACGAAAUGGCCUAAUCCUGGACUACACACUCAGUCAUCGUCUAUUUUCUCAUCCUGGCCUCAGCGUGUCUCAUGAGUCUGCACAGAAGUCUUCUCUGCCUGCACUGCAACCCUGCUGUUAAAACUCGUAUCCCUCCAAGAUCGUCAUUAUGUGCAGCCGAACGGUUCGACACGAGUCCCUCUUCUCUAUUUUUAGCACAAUUUUGAAAGAAAAAAUAGACGCUCAGGUUGUUUGUUGUGGCGAGAUUUCAAAGAUUGUUUGAAGGUGAAAAAUUGAAGCUGCUGUCUCUGUCAGACUCUUGGGUUUGUUUCACAUCGACUAACCUCCAACUUUCUGAUGAAAACUAACUCAAUCCUGACUGACUCACAAAGUCCAUGGCCAGUAGGAGAGUGAGGUGAGAUGUUUUUUUUAGAGCUCAUGAGACAACAUGGGGGGGGGGCACUGUCAGUAAAUGAGCAACAGCUCUCAUCUCCGCCUCUAGCUGGGCACCUUCUGGAAAAUAUGUCAUCUCCAGCUGUGUGUGUGUGUGUGUGUGUGUGUGUGUAUGUGUGUGUGUGUGUGGUGCAGAUCUUUCACUCUGAUAUCCUCUCUCCACAUGAGCAGACUGCCUCAUACAGUUGUCCUGAUAGCUCAUCGUUGUCUCUCUGAACCCGUGAACCGACAUGUUUUCCUUCUUGUACAUUUGAAGUCCCGGUUGACGAUCUUGAAAAAAUCUGAGCCAUUGAGGCAGAUUUGAGAAAAGCGUCCCACCCCCCACACACAAACCCCUUCCCUCUGUGCUCCACCAUAACUCCGCCCCCUGAACCUGUAUCACCCUCCCCACGACACACCCCCUCUGGCAGAAGAUCCUACGCUAGCUUCAAAUAGGAUCCACCAUGUCGGAUUGUUAGUGACUAGCGGCGGUAAACGCCAGCUCUGCUAGCGAGCGCCAUCUGCAGCUGCCUGGACAGCUACCGCGUUGACAUGUCAGAGACUAAUCAGAGUUAUUUAUGUAACAUGAGCCACGAAAAAAGGAGAUCAAAAUGACCUGUUCAACUAAAACUCUGCUGUCUCCGCGUCUGUUUUCUCCACCGCACCAAGGAUGACCCGAUGGUUAUUCCAGUAAUUCUGUCGUCUUGUGUUUUCUUCCCUCUUUUGGCGGUGGGGUGAGCAGAAGUUUUUUUUUUUGGGGGUUUUUUUGCGUCCUUCUCCAUCACAGCUCCUGUAGCUAAGCUGCUACGCUACUUUUAGCCGCUCAGAGGUGAUUGGAUGGAGAGGCGGAGCAGGAGAUUGACCAAUGGGAGCUGUUCGGGACAGAUGGCUCCCAUUGGUCAGUGUUUUUGCAGCCCUGUACCUGCUCGGGUGAACAGAUUUUUUCAGUGCUUUUUUCUCUUCACUUUGUGGAGAUCGCACAAUAGGACCAUGAUCGCCAUAGAAACGAGGUUCAUAAUAAUAAACAAUCUCUACAAUCGUCAGCCAUGACUUUAAGACACGACCAGAUAACUGAAGGUUAGAAAAUAACUCUGAGGACUAAAUGAACUCACACAGCACUUGGACAGAAGAGGCCGUAAGGUCACGGUCUCUCUUUCCUGAAGUCAGCGUUUGGACUUUGAAGCACCCAAGACCAGGUGUACCUUAGGACCAUCAGAGGACUCAGCUGGACUCUAGAAGAAGAAAAGGGACCAGAAGAAGAACAGUCACACAGACGUCCUUCAGUUGUAUUGUAAAUAUUGAUGCGGUGGCCUCACUGUGACAGACUCACUAACAGUUGUCCGCUGUUAAGUUCAGACCAGACAGCAGAAUGAGGAGGUCCAAUCCGUCAGCUAGCGCCAGUGUUCCUCAUACACGCCCACUUCCUGUCCGUCUGGACCCUUCUUCCUCUUCGUCUUGACUUCCCAACUGUUUGUACUUUAUUCUCGCUCAUGCACACUGCGAUAUAUAGUUCAGUAUUGUUCAUGUUCUGUGUUUGAAUCACCCUGAAGCCGGUCAUCGUUAUCAUCUCUGUUUUGAAGAGGAUGAGUAAAUUCAGAGUUUUGAGUGCAGUCAGGAGUUUUCUGGUGAUAAUGGUGAAAAACUGUUUUGAUUAACUUCACCGUAGAGCGUCACGUCAUCUGAAUAACAGAGCAGUUAUCUAAGGGACAUGGUUUCACCUCUCAUCGUUUCAGAUACUGUCAGUAUGAACAGUAAAAUACCCUGAUCGUCUCUGAACUGCAGACUGAAAAAGUGUGAGGAGUGUGGAGUAGCAGCUCCAGGCCGUGGGUGAUGCAUCUCGAGCCCACACAGCUCUCCCACUUACCGCAGAGGACAGAAUACAUCAGCAGUGAGGGAAACGCUCCAGCCCGAAUGAAAGCUGACGUAACGCAUUAACACUGAAAUAACAGGACGAUGAUGAGUGGGUUCACACAGCUUUCCCUCACCUCUAUAUCUGUGUGCGCUAAUCUUUGAAAACACACAAACAGCUGAGGGACGCCAAAGUCAGCUUGAACACAGCUUCAUCUUCACAUGUUACAGGCACAGUAUGGAGUAUUCAGUGUCACUAGUAAAGGCCAUUCGGGUUUUGUUUGUAGUGAGCAGCUGUCAAUCAUGCAGCGUUUGGGGGACAACGAGGGAAAAGUGGUUGUUGUGUGGUUUUUUGAAAAUGGUGAGAAAUGGAGCUGGAGUCUGAACGCCUGAUGUGGCAUAAAACCCUUUUUUAAGAAUUAUUUAACCCUUUAAAAGACUAAGUGUGCUUUUAUUAAACUGAUACUCACAUCGUAGAUCGAGCUUCGUGUUAGCAGAGAUUUACCCGGCUGUUGUUGAACAGCUGGUCCGAGGGUUUGGACUAAGAUGACUUUUAUCGCCUCGGUGACAUCCGGCUUUCAGUCUCCAGGUGUCUGUGGUUUUUAUCAAAAUCUGAGUGGAUGAGGAUUGACGACGUUGUCCUCGGUGGAAGAUGAGUCACUGCUCAGAGUUAUUUGGCUGGCUGUGUGAAAUGUCUUGGCAGAAUCUGAAAUAACCACCUGUCAAACACCAAAUGCUGGACCUGCAGCGGGAAAAAGGGUCCAAACAUUAAAUCUGUUAUCAGCCAAAAAGGGAACGACGUUCUCCAUCAUUUUCAUGGUUUCAGUAAAUCAUGGUUGUUUUUGUUACUGACUUCUCUUACCUGUCUUUACACCUGGUCUGGGAGAAAGGUCAUCCUGUUUCUCUCUAGGAUCCAGGCUUUGUUUGAGAGAAGGACAAGACAGGUCUGUUAGCACCCCAACAGAAGGGUCCUGAAGAGUACGAUGGUACUGAUGAUAGGGAUGGGAAACAAGAACCGGUUCUUGUUAAGAACUGGUUCCAAAUGGUUCAAUCCAUCGAGAUCAUUUACAUUUUAUCUUAACGGUUCCCUUAACAAUCCUUUCUUCCGGGUGCCUUAAAAAACAGUCUUGCGAGUGCCAGUCUAUGCGAACGGGAACAGAGACAAAGGAAAUAACAUGGCAGACAAUACGAAAAGUCGGCAGAAACGAGCUAAAGCGUGUCUUAAUUUUACUAAGAAAGACGACAACAGUGCAACGUUUGUUCUUCUUAAAGUGGAAGAAAUAUGAUCUCAUAUUUAACGCACAUAUAGAGAUGUACUUGGGUAUAUUAACUCUACAGUUAGCUGUCAAGGUAGAGAGCAUUAUAUUUUCGGGACAGCAAAUAUUCUGAAUCAGAGGGCUUUUGUUUUCGGCCUAUCUGAAUAGUCUGAAUGAAAUCAUUAAAGGCACACACAUUUGAAUCCACCCGACGGUAAGGAAAACGUGGAUUAUUUCGCCUUGUUAUGGACUUUCAACCGCGCUCCCGUCAGGGGUCCAUUCUUCGACACAAAACCUGUUAAACACCGGUUCAUCAGCUGCUGCAGCUCCGUCUCAGAACAGCAAGGAAGGUACAUAUGUAAGAGUGAUUAUACGUCCUCUUACCCUGACAUGUCCUCUUUUGGGGGGCUGUCUGGGGAAGUUUAUAAAAUCCUUCAAAUGUCCAGAACGUGUAUCCAUUCAUUAUAAAACAGUGCAGAGCAUCAGUCCUCUCUGCAGCUCCGCCCCUCCGCUCACUUCUAAGCAAAGCCACUGACGUGACGCAUGCAUGCGCUGUCUCUGGGAAUUUAGAAUAUGCAGUAGUAGUAGUAGUAGUAGUAGUAGUAGUAGUAGUAGUAGUAGUAGUAGUAGUAGUAGUAGUGUCCUCUUUUUGGGGAUUCAGAAUAUGGUCACCCCAGAAACGCUGUACAAAGAGUUAAUGGUGAAAACCUAUAGCCUACUUUUUUUUAAAUCGAAGAAAGGCAUCAAUAAGGGAAUCGUUAAAGAAUUGACAGCGAUAUCGAUAAAAUCUUAUCAAUUCCCAUCCCUAACUGAUGACACUGAACCAAACCAAACAGAACCGAACUGAACUGGAUCACUUGGUGGACACUCAGCUGUUUGUCAUCGUUUGCCUCAUUUGUAUCGAACCCCAUCAAACACAGCAGCACUAAAGACGGUCCCACCAGUCGGACAUGACUUUGUUAUUGUUGGUUUUUACUGAUGUGCAGGAUGAGCUGUUCGCUCUUCCAAUUUUAAUGCAUAUGGAGCAGUCUGACAAAGCUUUCACUGUGGCUGCGGAAAAAAAAGGUCUUUUCUGUUUGAUUAAAAUGAGAUAGUAAUUCCACAUUCUCAUGUUUUUAGAAUAAAUAACAUUUUUACAAUCUCUUUACGUUAAAAAUCCCUUAGAUGAAGUUAAGCAAAUAGAUCUUUGUCUUUGUGCAGAAAAAAUAUCAAUCUUUUGUUUCACAUUGGGGAAUUUUUAGCAUCAUAUUUGAUGGAUCUGCCAGUAUCAGAGUAGUUCUGUUUUAUUCUUUAUUCAGAGGAUUGAGUAGAAAAUGUCAUUUUUAUACUUAUUUUCAAAGAGGAGGAACGUCGACUCUGAACUGAAUAUAAAAUCAAAUAAAAACUUAAGAAAUGUUUUUAAAUGUGCAGAAGUAGAACACACAAUUUAGUGUCUUUCUUUGUUUACUCUCCUCUCUUACACACACACACACACACACACACACACACACACACAGGCUGCAGAGAUGAAUUUCAUUUGUUCGGGGGAUGAUUUCAUGGUGGGGGAGGCUGAAUGGAAAAAAGGGGGGAGCAGGUGUACACAGGGAGGCCUGUGUGGGUGCAAGCAUCUUCGUGUGUGUGUGUGUGUGUGUGUGUGUGUGUGUGUGUGUGUGUGUGUGUGUGUGUUUUUGGGGGGGCUUAAAGGGGAAAGAAAUAUGAAAAGAAGUGAGAGACGGGGGAGGGGAGAGUGUGAGGUAAUUUAUGAGGCAUUUUAGUACGGCAAGGUUUAAUCUCCUCACACAAACACACACAAAAAUAAACACACACACACACACACACACACACUCUUACCCAAUUCUACAGCGUCUGCACAUGAUAAAACCAACAAAAGAGUCAGUGAACACUGAAGGAUGUGGAGGAAAAAGGCGAAGCUCUUUAUUUCACAUCUUUUAUAGUUUUAUUAUAUAUAUUAUAUAUUUUCAUAUUUUUAUAUUAUAAGGAUAUACAUAUUAUUGAUAGAACAGGUUUGUAAUCACUGUGAUCCACUGAGUUUUCUUCGUUGAUCAGCUGUUAGAAUAAUGUAAUCUUUUAUCAGGGGUUAAAAUGUGUUCAGUGUUAUUUGAACAUUUACAGUUUUCUCUUAAAUAGGAGGUUCUGGUCUGUUGUGACUGUUGUGGGUUUUGUGACGGUAAAUCACAUCAUUAACGGAUUCAUUCAUUCAUUCAUUCAUAUUUUUGUUCUCGUGGAGGCCUCAGCUCUAAAAUGAUCCGGGGGAAACUCCAGCUUGUGUGGUCUGAAUGUGUAUGCGUUUAUUUUACGGGAGUGGAGGGUCUGAUUAGACUUUGGAGAGUAUUUUGGUUUAAAUUUGCAUCCUGAUGAGGAGGAAGCGUUCAAUAUCGAACUAAUUUAUGCUUUAAGAUUAUCAGAGUAUGUUAAUAAAUCCCAGGUGAUCUGUGGAGACACAAUUCACUGAUUACCAUCGCAGCCUGUUUACCAAAUGAGACUAUUAUCCAAACAGGAAAUGGCGAACACGCUGAGCUCUGCUGUGUGACGUUCAGGAGCUCCCGUGCGUUUCAGUGUCAGAGCCCACGCUACACUAACACACGCAUGUUUGUGUGUGUCAUGUUUUAAACACGGGAGCUUCUGUCUGACUCCUCCCCCUUUGUUGCGUCUGCCCCCUUCAUCCAGGAGGGCCAACAGCUGAUCCAGGAAAAACCGGAGCUCAGCCCAGUGGUCCGAAAGAAGCUGGAGGAGAUCCGGGAGUGCUGGCAGGAUCUGGAGAGCACCACCCAAGCUAAAGCCCGUCAGCUGUUUGAGGCCAACAAGGCUGACCUGCUGGUUCAGAGCUACGAAAGCCUCGACCAGAGACUGGGCCAGCUGGAGGGUCAGCUGGUCUAUGUGGACCAGGGACAGGACCUCACCACUGUCAACAAGCAGCUGAAAAAACUACAGGUGGGUCAAAGGAGACAGGAGAUGGACCCGAGUGUUUCCUGUGUGAUUCUUCAUCUUCACAUGCUAAAGUGACUCUCUGUUUACCUUCACAUGUUUCCACCUCAUGUCUCAUCAAUAAUGGACUGAACAUCAUGUUGGAAAAUGUCGAACAACAGCAAUUCCCACUGUCUGCUUACAACACUCUUUAUUCAGCAGUCAGACUCUGACUGUAACUCCAACAUUAAAGAGAUAUUCCAGCAUAAAAUUAAUUAGACCCCCCCUCCAGAGAUGAAUGUUGUCGACCGCUUGCUUCUCUAGUUAUACCAACUUUAGUAACGACCGCAGGAUAGAAAUACAGAGAGACACGCCCCCAACCAAAACGCCACUCUAUAGCCACAAAUAAUGCUCAGAACAGCACCUAACUUCAUCAACAGGACAUAUAGGGUCACAGACAUAGUACUAGACACCAAACAUCUUUUUAACUUUGACUCAUUUCUUUAGCAAAGAGACUAAACACAACUCACCUACUCUCUUCCAGCAGACGCUUGUUUGUAGCGAUACCUCAGACCAGUCCAUUACAGACUACAGCGGGGUGCCGCAGCUCAAGGAAGAACAUUUAUGAUCAUUUCUUAAUCAUUUCCUUGAAGUAAUAAUCAUCAUAUUAAUCAUUUUACAGACGAGGUAGUUCUUCUGUCUUAGCGUCUCGGUCUGAUUGUAUUUCUAUGAAGAAAUUCCAUGAAGUGUUUUAUCCUUUCAUAGGAGUGAUUUUCAUUUUUCCAUCAGCAUGUUUUUAUAAUGAUAUCAUACUUUUCAUUAAAAGUCUAAACCUUUAAAGAACUUUUGGUAACCAACUUUUUAUUAACUUAUUAUUAAAUCUUUUGGAAAUCAUUAAAUAAUUAAAUUUAUGAAGUGAGGUCCCCAGAGAUGAAACCAUCUGCGUAUUUAACUCCUCUGUCUCCAUCCAUGUCUCUUGUAUAAACAUGUUUCCUCCUCAUUGGUCCUUACCUACUUCACUUCCUGCCUCCUAACUGGCAUAACCUUUCUCCCUCCAUCUGUUUUGACACCUUUCCUCCUCUUCCCCUCCUUCUCUCCUCCUCCUCCUUCUUCUCAUCAGAGCAUGGAAACCCAGAUGGAGGAGUGGUAUAAGGAAGUGGGUCAGCUCCAAGUGCAGGUGGCCACCAUCCCACAGCUCACGCAGGUCAAGGAGACCGUCGCUGAGCGCCAAGCUGCCGUGGAGGCCAGGAUGGUGCGUCUGAUCGAGCCGCUGAAGGAGAGACGGCGCAUCCUGCUGGCGUCGAAGGAAGUUCACCAAGUGGGACGAGACCUGGAGGAUGAGAUUGUUAGUCUGAUGAUUUUCAGUCGAACACACACAUACAGUUUUUAGAGCGACAGUUUGUGCCGGAAAAGGAGGAAAGGUUAAGUCUGUUCAGUGUAAAGUAUUAGAAGAGCUGAAAUGUUUGAGUCAGCUGUUUUUAAAGCCUCACAAGUCUAAAACUUUUCAGUCUUUAGAUUCACUUUAGUUUAUUAUUUUAAUUUAUUUUUUCAGUCUUUAGUUUAUUAUCAUUAUUAUUAUUUUGAUUUAUUCCAGGAUUUCUGUUUUUAAAUUUACUAAAAUGAGGAAGAAUUCAGGAGCACCCACUAAAACAGUCACUCGGUCCAUUGCAUAAGGUGCAUUUUUCUGCACCCACAUGACUGUUCAGUCACAGUUACUCAUUGCUGAAGGUCUUGUUGUUGUUGUUGUUGUGGUUUCAGUUGUGGGUUCAGGAGCGCCUCCCAUUGGCCAUAUCUCAGGAGCACGGCUCGACUCUGCAGGAGGUCCAGCAGCUCAUGAAGAAAAACCAGGUAAGAAAACCAGGAUCUGGAGAGACUUCUGCUGCAGGCUCAGAUCAUGGAGCAGAUGUGAUUCAUGAUCACUCAGAGCAGGUUCAAACCUUGUUAAAAAAAUCCAACAUUGAAUCUUAACAUCGAAGAUGAUCGUCUCCUUUCGUUGUCCUCUCCCCCAGACUCUUCAGAGGGAGCUGCAGGGCCACAGGGGCAGGAUCGAGGACGUAUUGGAGAGGGCAGGGAUCAUCGCCUCCAUACGCAGCCCCGAGGCUGACUGUGUGAGGGCAGGCCAGGACCAGCUGGCCCAGCUGUGGGCUCUGCUGUGGACUGAGACUGAGAGGAGGCAGCUGGUGCUGGAUGCCAUGUACCAGGCCCAACAGUACUUCUUUGACACAGCUGAGGUGGAGGCCUGGCUCAGCGAGCAGGAGCUGCACAUGAUGAACGAGGAGAAGGGAAAGGUGUGUGUGUGUGUGUGUGUGUGUGUGUGUGUGAGUUCGUCACUGCCUGAGAGUUGCUAAGUAUUUCAGUAACAAAAAUCCUUCCAGUCUGUUGCCAGUCUCAGUGUUUGUUAUUGUUGUGUUCUUUUUAACUGAAAAUCUUCUGUGUGUGUGUGUGUGUGUGUGUGUGUGUGUGUGUGUGUGUGUGUGUGUGUGUGUGUGUGUGUGUGUGUGUGUGUGUGUGUGUGCCUCCUUCCUCCAGGAUGAACCAAGCACACUGCAGCUGCUGAAGAAACACCUGGUCCUGGAACAGACUAUAGAGGACUACGCGGAGACCAUCGGUCUGCUGUCACAGCAGUGUCGACAGCUGCUGGAGAUGGGACAUCCAGACUGGUGAGCGUGAAAACACGAAGAUCUGUCAUCAGAGUUUUUCUGUCCUUUACAUGAGUUAUGGAGCGCUGCUCGAUUUUCUGCAGAUCAAACUGUAGGUGUUCAGAUUCACAGAGGGGUCAUUCACGAGUUUGUUAUUAAGGAAGAUCCAUGAGACUGAACCGGGUCAUCUAAAGCUCUAAUUAAAGGUCCAGUAUGUAGAAAUGUCGAAAUUCUAGAUCAACAUGCUCCCUUGCUCACCUCUCCCAUCAUUGAAGUGAUGAAGCUAACCUUUGAAGACAAGGAGCUUUAGUGACCAUAACAGGUAGAAACACCUAUUUUAUCAGCUGUCCGGAGCUCCUAUCUCUACAGCAGCAGCUUCUCUCAUCUUCUUCAUUUUCCAACUUGUGUGUUUUCAGCAGCCACCCACUGAAUCCAAAAACAACAACAGGGAACAGUUGUUCUGUUCUGUGUUCCUGUAGAAAUACAGCCGUGCACAAUAACAGCCUCUGUGGGAGCAGACCUGCUCCUGUGGGAAAAAAAAAAGGCUCAUUUUUAGUUUUUAAAAGACGGUUUCAAUAUUCAGGUGAUUGUACACUAAUAAAGACAGAGCCUUGAAUACUAUCCAGUUUAUUUUUACUAUUUUUGCUGCUGAGUUCUACGUACUGUACCUUUAAAAUCAGAUGGUUAAAGCUGACAGGAAGUUGACAGCUCUGAACUCAGACUGUAUGACGACGCUGCCAUGCAGGGGAGCUUCUCUUAAAUCAUGGAGCUUCAGGUAAAUGAGUAGUGACACAGUCGGGUUCAGUCCCAGAAAGAAAAAGGUCACACUGGACCAGGUCCUGGUCUAAAGAAUCUGGAUAACCCAUCUGACCUGCAAAAUCAGAAUCUGGUACAAAAACACGACUCCAUGCAUCCAUCUUUGUUUGUCAACAGUCCGUACAGCAGGUGGAGGUGUGAGGUGUAUGAGCUGCGCCCUGACUGGAGCUGACAUCAGCCUCUUCAGGAAACACCAGAUCUCCACGACGACGGCGCUCUCAGGGUUUGAGCUGCGUCUCUGACACACAGUCUUUCUCUCCUCCACAGUGAGCAGAUCAGCAAGCGUCAGUCUCAGAUCGAUCGUCUGUACGUGUCUCUGAAGGACCUGGUGGAGGAGAGGAAGAGCCGCCUGGAGCAGCAGUACUGGCUCUACCAGCUCAACAGGGAGGUGGACGAGCUGGAGCAGUGGAUCGCUCAGAGGGAGAUGGUGGCCAGCUCACCUGAACUCGGUCAAGACUAUGAGCAUGUUACUGUAAGUGUGUUAACAGGAACAUGUCACAUGUACCCAGUCAGGUUAGGUCAUGUUUUUAUACAGUAGGAGGUUACAGAGCUCAGUAAAUUAUUAAUAUUUUAGCUGUAAACAUGUUGGUAAAGAACGUUUACGAACCGACAAAUGAAAGAAGACUCAUCCCAAUCUUUCUGCAGAUUCUGCAGGAGAAGUUUACCGAGUUUGCUUCAGAGACCGGCAGUGUGGGACAAGAGCGAGUGACCGCCGUAAACCAGAUGGUGGACGAGCUCAUCGACUACGGCCACGCAGAAGCCGCCACCAUCGCUGAGUGGAAGGACGGGGUGAACGAGGCCUGGGCAGAUCUACUGGAGCUGAUGGAGACCCGCGCACAGAUGCUCGCCGCCUCGCACCAGCUUCACAAGUUCUUCUCAGACUGCCGAGAGGUGAGACACCUGAGGAGCACAGAGAUAUCGUACAGUCGUGUUAAUGUGUCACUGUCUGUGAGGAAUCCUUCAUGUCCUCUUUCUGCAGGUUUUAGCUCAAAUCGAGGACAAACAUCGAAGGUUGCCAGAAGUUCGGGCUCGUCAGGGCAGCACCGCAAACACCAGCACCCUGCAGAGACUCCUACACAGCUUUGAACAAGACAUACAGCUGCUGGUCACGCAAGUAAGUCAACAAGAUCAGAGAGCAUGUGAAAUAAACUGAGCUCAAUACAUGAGUUCAACUCCAUGUUAUCGAUCCAGGAUUGGUUAAAAGUAACUUUGACUGGACUGAUGAAAAGAAAACAGGAUAAUCACCAGUUCAAGUCGAACCUUCAAGUCGGCGUUUAGUUUGUCUUCAUGUGGUCUCUGCGAUGCACCUGGUGAACAGAAACAGCUGUUUUUUUCACCAAAGAAAGAUCUCUGAUAAAGCUGCUGUGAUGAAGCUGAUUUGCUGUAAUAGCAAACUCACUUUAGGGUUAUUUACUGUUUUCCUUUUUCUUUCUGUCUUGUUCAGUUUUCGUUUUCCUAAAAUCUGCUCUCCCGUCUCUCCCAGGUGCGACAGCUGCAGGAGAGCGCGGCCCAGCUGAGGACGGUGUACGCCGGCGAGAAAGCUGAAGCCAUCGCUUUCCGUGAGCACGAAGUGAUGCAGUACUGGAAAGAGCUGCUGACAUCCUGUGAGGACUGUCGGGUCCAGAUUACCACCGAGACAGACAAGCUGAGGUUCUUCAGCAUGGUCCGCGAUCAGAUCAUCUGGAUGGACUCGAUCAUCUGUCAGAUCGGGACGGGAGAGAAGCCCAGGUACAUCACGAAGAACAGAGACUCCAGUCUGUAUCAGCUGCUCUGAAACCAAGAGGAUGGGUGGGAACGUUAAAGUACUGUAACUGUAAACUGGUUUUAUAUCAAAUACAGUUUGAUAUUCGGCGCUCGUUGUACAAGAGUCACAUCAGGAUUUUAUCUCUGUUGAUAAAUGUCUGACUGAUAGAUUCAGCAGAAAGUUUCAGAGAAGUUGAGCUGCAGUUUUUUAUCGUCUCAUAUCGAGUUUUAACAGUCUCACCAGAACGGAUAACCAGAUGUUAACACUGAACGGGGAGGAUCUCUGUUUACUCAAAUAUCAGGCGUUUGGUUCUGAGGUGGUCUGAGAUGGUUGAGUUGCUCAGAGUUUUACGGGUUUUUGUGUGGUCUUGGUCUCAGUGUGUGUCUGCUCGGUGCUUCUUGCAGGGACGUGUCAUCAGUUGAGGUUCUGAUGAAUUAUCACCAAAGUCUGAAGAGUGAAGUAGAGGCUCGCAGCCGGAGCACGCUGGAGUGUAUCGAGAUGGGGAAAACCCUGCUGGCUGCCAGAAACCCCGCAGCCGAAGAGGUGAAACCAAAAUAAAAUAAUGAUCAACUUUAAUAACCAACAAACACGUCAGAGAAACAGGGAAAGGAAUAGGUCACUUUCACUUUCCAAGGUUUUUGAUUCAGGAGCUUAAAUUCAAAUUUAAUGACAUUAAUGACAGCUGGACUGACAGAAGAGCAGGUCUGAUGAUGUUUUAAAAAUGUGAUUUCCAGAUUAAAGAGAAGCUCGAAAAGGUUAUUAACAAACAACGUGAGCUGUCUGAGAAGUGGGACAGACACUGGGAAUACCUGCAGCAGUGUAAGUCCACACGAACACACAUGAACACACACGAACAUGAAUCUGUCUGAUGGAAGUUUCUUUGUUUUUAUUGAUAAGUUAAUAAUGAUAAUUUAUUAUUAUAUCAAAUAUUAUUAAUUUUGAUAAUUGAUCAUUUAAUUUAAUAAAAAUUUUCUCUCCUCCUCAGUACUGGAGGUUCACCAGUUCGCCCAGGAAGCGGUGGUGGCCGAAGCGUGGCUGACGGCUCAGGAACCGUUCAUCAGCAGCACGGAGCUGGGGGCGAGCGUGGAUGAAGUGGAGCAGCUGAUUCGUCGGCACGAAGCCUUUCGCAAAGCUGCCGCCACCUGGGAGGAGCGAUUCAGCUCCCUGCGGCGACUUACCACGGUACCUCAUCAUGGAUAGAUAACACAGAAAGUCUUAAACUGGGAUCAGACAGAGCUGUCUCUGAAAGAUGAGGUCAUAACAGGAAACAGCUGUUUGAGUUUGUGGUUCUUGGUGUGGUUCAGGUUUUGGUCGUCCCUCGCUCCUGCUCUCUGGUCUGAGUUAAAUCUGGUUUUCUUUUUGUUCCUCAGGUAGAAAAGUUGAAAGCAGAGCAGAGCAAACUCCCCCCGACCCCCCUGUUGGGUCGUAAAGUCUUCCUGGACCCUCAAGAUGCUUUACCCACGCCAUCUACACUCCCCCGCCUCCCAAUCUCCCCGGUAGCGAGACAGACCAUCUAUGAGCAGAACGAAGCCAGCUCUCCGCCCUCACCCUCACCCGCCACCCCGACUCCCUCCCCCUCGUCCGUGGCCCGUAGACUGGGGUCCACGGUCGCUAACUACACCCCUGUGAUGAACGGAUCCAGCUACCGCCACACCCUGGAGUCGCGACACGGGAACGUGGUUGGUGUUGCGGCGGGACUCGGCCAACCUUCACCUUCCUCGAUCGCCUCGAUAGCCACGGCAGCCAUGUUAGUAUCAGCCAAUCAGGCGCGAGAGAGCACCAGUGCAGCGAAAGACCAGGCAGCGAAGGUAAUGAGUCACCUCCAACCAGCACAGGCAGCAAAGGCAGUGGAGGUCAAAACAUCCCCGUAUCUACGGCAACCAAAAAUCAAGCACCUGGACGACGCCGUGACACCGCUGCUGGUGGCGAGCCGGCUGGAGAAAGCGAGAGAGAGAGAGAGGGGGCGAGAGAGGGAGAGAGAGAUCAUGAUGGGAGAGAUCGGGACGGAGAAAGCAGAGGUGGCGGUGAUGGCGGAGGUGGUGCUACAAGAGCCUGGCAGGGAGCGUCUGCACAGCGAGCCUACCAGAGGACCUCGAGGGUCCAGAACUGACCCUUUAGGGCACGCCGAGCCUCAGGUCCAGACCCACACCCACCACAGGGACCACAGGAUAGAGAGGCAGCUGUCGAGCGAGCAGCUGAUCCAGGCACGAAGGGAUGAGCUCCCCCAGGAGGUGUGGAGGGAACAUGCCGAGAGGAGGGAGAGACGGACGCUGGAGAGACAAACGUCCAGUGAGCAGGAGGGUUACGGGGGUCACGAAGGCCGGCGGAGAGAACGGGAUCGACACCGACUGGAGAGACAGGAGUCCAGUGAGCAUGACACCGGGAGAGAGCAGUCCGACCGACGCUCAGGAGGAGGAGGGUGAGAGUUGAGAGAUAUUUUCGACAUGUUUGGGGGGCGGCAUGUUUCAGUGCAACAUCUCGAUAAUCAAAUCUAGUUUUAGUCUGUCGUACAUGCUGGGCUCUGAAGUUGGAUCAGAGAUCAGGACUGGUGUCUUUCUCUGAUUCACAGUUCCCUCGGCCGAGAGAAGAGGUCCACGCUGGCAGAGAUCGUAGAGCAGCUGCAGGAAAGAGAAGCAGCUCAGGUCUGUGGUUCAGUUUAGUCCAAAAACUGUAUUUUCAGAUUAAUUUAAAACAAAUCCACUCUCUUUGACUGAGUCCUGGUAAACCACCACAUUACUUCACUGGUUUCCAUCGUUUACCUUAAAUCAGCUGACCUCUCAGCUGUACGGCAUGGUGUAUGACUGAAUCCCUCAUUUUUACCUGCUCUAAAUAAACUCUGAGAACACUGACUGAUCAUCACCAAGAAUAACACCUCCAUCUCACUCCAUCCACCCUCAGGCCCGUGGUGAGGUCCCCCGCCUGCCCAACGGGUUACCAGAAAAGUCUUCCCGUCCCGACCGGCCUAGAGCUCGGGACAGACCAAAACCUAGGCGGCGACCGCGACCCAAGGAGGCAGGAGAGACGACGCGACGGUCCAGAUCUGCUCCGGCCCAGAGCAGCCCAGCAGUCCCCCAGCCACCAACCCACACCGCACACCACGAGGGCUUCCUUUUCCGCAAGCUGGACAUCGAGAGCCUGAAGAAGAGCACCAAUAGGUGGGUGUUCAGGGUCCUAAUGAAGAGAGGAUGCUGUCAAACAGGAGGAGGAUGGUGCUCACUGGUGUCAUGAGGAUCAGACUCUAAGAUCAUCUUCAUGUCUUUAAAUAAUUGGAGGUCAUAUGAAGAGUUGAAAUUGGCAGAAAGGUCAUUAGUUGGUUAUUGGGGUUGAACCAAAAACAGGAACACGGUUAGUGAGCGAACACAGAAAGACAACAACAGAACUUCAGUCUAAACUGGACUUCUGAAAACCUCCAGGACUGAACCUCAAUAAGAAUUAAAUCUUCACUCGUUCUGACGCAGUCCUUCUCCUGAUGUCUGUUUCUCAUGACAUCACUUCCUGCGCCAUCUAGAGGUUAAUCGACUAAGGCCAGGGCAUGACUCAAGCAUGAUGAGCUAACCUGCUCACACUCAGCGCUGGCACUGCGUCGGACAUUUUCAACAGAUGCAUGACUGCGAGCGGCACAGAUGACACAUGGGCGGCCCCGGUGUUUUGGCGAAAGAGGCUGAAAAUUAACGUAUUCUAGGUGAUUUAUUGAAGAGUAGGCGUCCAAUAAGGUUUCAGAUCAAACAGAUAUCAUUUAGGUUUUAGAGUUUAGAAGAUAAUCUCUCUUUGUCUUUGGUCUCAGUGUUUUUGUACGGAGGGCUGGGCGAUUAAACAAUAACAAUUUAUAUCAAAUAUGAAUUUCCCUUGAUGUUGAUAUAAAACAUGGUCAAUAUGCUUUUCAGUAGUCGGCCAAUGAAAGCCAAUGAAAAGGGGAGUGUCUCCGGGUCUGAACCAAUCAUGUUCUGAAUUAGAACCAAGUAUCAACCAACUGCAGCGUCGUAGCAGACAGCAGCUCCACCCAACCAUAGCACUUUAACAGGUGAAGCCGACAGCACUGUUGGUGAGAAACAAAGAAAAUGAGUGCUACCCCCGACAGAAAUGACCAUGAAGGCUCAACAGAUGACCACAUCAAUGUCAACCACAACACUGGCGUUAGGAAAACGUCGGUGGUGUGGAGGUAUUUUGGUUUUUGGAGGUCGGACAUGAAGCAGAGUAAUGUGGACUGUAAAUUAUGUCGAGUACAUGUUAAAUGUCAUUUAAAAGUAACAGGGAACAUUUAAGAUUAAAAAUUGAAUUUUUUUCUAUAUCGUGAUAUCGAUAUCGACUGACAUGAAAAAAAUAUAUUGUGAUAAACUUUUUCCCAUAUCGCCCAGCCCUAGUCAUAAGUCUUAAUUCGAGCUGUUUUAAUUGGCAGAAACAGACCGUCAAUCAUUUACACUGUUUGAAGUGGUUAGGUAAUGUUUGUUUGUUUGUUUGUUUUUGGUUCAAAAGAAAUAUUUUUCAGCUCAAACCGACAAAAAUUCAGUGUUUUUUUUUUAAGUAAUCGACCAGUCAGUCUGUCUGUAAGAGAGUUAAUGAUCUGUGCAGAGAUCCUGUCGGUCCAUCAAACUCUUCUGCUUUAAUUGUGUUGCUUCUGUCAGCUGAUUAAAAGUACUGCUAAUUAGUAUAAAGAGUACCAGAAAGUGAAACGCUGGAAUGGUCCACCAGGUGGCAGUAGAGGUCGAUUAGAUCUUCCUGUGUUGGACUGGAGUUUAUGAAUAUUUGAUCUGUGUCAUCUCUGAUCAUCAGAAGAACCGAGACCAGCCAGCCUCGAACAUCCUAGUGCAUGUCAAAGCAGAGUGCAUGAUGCUUACAGAGCGAGCCCACAGAAAAACGCAGAGACCUCGGUCAGCUGACUGAUGAUGAUGAUGAAAGGGUGGAGCUUCUUGAAGCUUUGGAUGGCGCUUAGCCUGCAUACACGCGCACACACACAGGGAACACACACACACCACUUCACCUCCACAGAUGAUCGCCCUGCUUCCUCCUGAGAGACGCCAGCAGCUGUCUCUCUCUCCCUGCACUGCCCUCUAGUGGCCGGGCUGACCUCGCACAGCUAAACACUCAUCCCCUUCCAGCUGUGGAAGAGUCCCUCUCACCUGCCUGUGCGAGGCGAUGGAUGAAUGUCUCGUAUGUACAUGCUCUGUUAUGUACAUGGCAAGGUAAAGCACAAACCUGAAUGGCUUCAAUCCGGACAAGUCUGAAUCUCUACACACCCCCGAGUUCGGCUGAUGUGCGCUCUCUCUCCUCGUCCUUAAAGCUCAGAUGUGAUCGGAGGAAAGUCUGAGGGCGACCCCUCAGGAUCUUCCUUCAAUUAAAUCUGAGACAGAGAGGACACAGUCAGCCUGUGAGGACGAACUGAGGUUCAACUUGUCUCUGUUACAUAGCUACAUGAAGAGGCUCUGAGUAUGUUUAUGUGCACAUGAAUAUUGGGGUAUUAUUCAGAACUACCAACGGUUCCUAAUGUGGGUAGGGUGCAUGUGAGCGGUGUGUCUGACUCUCACAGUUUCUUCUGCGGAUGAACUCGUCUCUUCGUUAACUCGGUGAAAUGAUCGGAAAAUUAGAAACAUCCUGAAUUUUAAAAACCAUGUAAAUCUACAGUCCUGGUUUUUGGUCAAAGUCCCGGUUGACGAUCUGAUCUUCAGUUGAAAAAAACUGACCCGUUGAGGCAGAUUUGAGAAAAGCGUCCCACCCCCCCACACACAAACCCCUCCCCUCUGUGCUCCACCAUAACUCCGCCCCCUGAACCUGUAUCCCCUCCCCACGACACACCCCCUCUGACAGAAGAUCCUACGCUAGCUUCAAAUAGGAUCCACCAUGUCGGAUUGUUAGUGGCUAGCAGCAGUAAACGCCAGCUCUGCUAGCGAGCGCCGUCUGCAGCUACCGUGUUGACAUGUCAGAGACUAAUCAGAGUUAUUUCUGUAACAUGAGCCACGAUGAAAGGAGGUAAAAAUGACCUGUUCAACUAAAACUCUGCUGUCUCGGCGUCUGUUUUCUCCACCGCUCCAAGGAUGACCCGAUGGUUAUUCUCGUUAGAUUCGUUGCUUGGUCACAUUUCCUCUUUGACUCCACCCUUUCUUCUGUCUGCUGUUUUCUUCCCACUUUUGGCGGUGGGGCGAGCAGAACAGUUUUUUUUUGCGUCCUUCUCCAUCACAGCUCCUGUAGCUAAGCUGCUACGCUACUUUUAGCCGCUCAGAGAUCUGAGGGAGGGCCGGGAGGGGACGAGUCAGAACUACAGCAGAGGGGUGUGUCGAAUACAGCGAGGUGAUUGGAUGGAGAGGCGGAGCAGGAGAUUGACCAAUAGGAGCUGUCCGGGACGGAUGGCUCCCAUUGGUCUAUCACCUGAUCGGAUGAACAGAUUUUUUCCGUUCUUUUUUCUCUUCACUUUGUAGAGAUCGCACUAUAGGACCAUGAUCACCAUGGAAACGAGGUUCAUAAUAAUUAACUGCUGCCUCUCCAACCUCUCCAAUCAUCAUCCAUGACUUUAAGUGUCGCGUGUAUCAGCUUGGAUCAGGGCGUGCACAGUGCCGUUGAGAGGAGUCCAUUAACUCUACGAAGAAUCAACAUUAGGCCUUUAACUUUUAUGGCCAGUAAACAUUUGUGGCGUCCGUUUUAAUCCACGGUGUAUGGAUGUGUCCGACCUUCAGAGUUUAAAUGUGAAAAUAAAUGAAGUUGUUAUUAAAAGUCUUUGUGGUAAAAUCGACCAUUUCUAACAUCGUCUUCUGAUAAAGUCGAGUGAACACGUCAAAUCUGAUUCGCUCUUUUUUCAUUGACCUUCUUUACCGUCUCUGUAGGAUCGAUCUGUCCACACCUGAUCACCUGCACCUGUCUUCAGUUUUUGAUCCCGUUUUAGUUCACAGAGGGAUUUUGAGCGCCGUCUCUGAAUAAUACCUGUAUCUGGACCGAAUGUUGUGUGCAUGUAAACACGCUGACUCAGAGAAGAUGCAUGAACGUUGGACUUGGAGUUUGUUGUCUCCAUGAUGUCAUUUAACCAAACUCCUCCUCUUUUCUCCUCCUCUCUCUCUGGUGCUCCUGGCUGCUCCUCGUGUCUCCUCUAAGGUAAGUCAUAUGUCAGACCAACACACACACACACACACACACACACACCUUCGUAGCCUCCCCCCUCCCCAUCCCUCCAUCCCCACCUCCUCCUCCGUUUGUGCGUGCGUCCGUCCGUCCGUCUGUGUUUGUUCAGCAGUGUGUUUCCUCCCUUCUUGGCGCCGGUCCAUCCUGCCUACCCACCUGUCUGCUCUGGUCAGGUGAGUGAGGUGUUAGCCUAGCGAGAGAGACUCUGCUGCUCCCUCUGACUCCCCAAAUCUCCCCCCAACCACCGCCACCCCACCUCCCCCUUACUGCUCCACUCCACCUUCCCCCUCCUUCUCCCCCACUCUCCCUCCUCUUCAUACCACCCACCUCCCCCCACCACAGCAGGUCAUGGGUCAACCUGUACUGCGUGCUGAACAAAGGGGAGAUGGGUUUCUACAAGGACGCCAAGAACACCACCACGCCCUACAACAACGAGCCGCUGCUCAACCUCUCCCACUGCCACUGCGACGUCACCAACGGCUACAAGAAGAAGAAGAACGUCUUCACGCUCAAGUGAGGAGCUCCUCAAGUCUGAAUGUUUAUUUUCUACAGAUUGGAACGAAAGUCUCAAACAAACGUGAAUUUGAUGUUAGAUUAAACUGAUGCAGACUGAGUUUAUUUCCACAAACAGAUCACAUGACCCAGCCUGAGGGCGGAGUCACUCCUUUGUUGGUUCGGUUUCUUGGUUCAGCUGACAGGAUAAAAACAUCCUGAAUGAAUAAAAGCUCAACUUAAAGUUGUUGUAGUCAGGAUCUGAGUUAGCUCCAGUUUUUAGGAGAAAUCUUGAAUUUAAACUCUACCCCUCCCAACCAGUUUUCCCCUCAGCUCCUCCUCUCUCUCUUAAGCCCCGCCCACAAACAGACGCUCCUGCUCGCUCGUAUCGUUCCAAUUAAAUUCCGUUAUAAUGCAGAUAAAUACUUCAGAUCAUUACAAAUGGGGCCCAGUCAAGGUGAAAGUCAAAAGCAUUGGUGCUACUGUAGAUGCCAACAGACUACCAGCAAACACAAUGUUUGCAGGACUUCUACAACGAGGAUAAAGUGACAUAGUCCAGGACCCGAGGGAGGACAGUUUAGCGAUGGCGCUACAACACGCUACAGCAGGUCCGUUUGACAAGAAACACUUCUGUUACAGACACUUGUCUUACUUUGUUAAAGCGGUUUACCUGUCCAGCAGAAAGGUUACAGGGUCACCAAGAUCCCCAAGCGUCCCCCAUCGUUUAUGUUGACCCGGCUUUUUAGCUCUUAUCCGGUCUACCUCCGUUUUAAGCGCCCGUUAUUCCUCCAGAGUCUCCGGUAUUUACUUUGUUUUCUCGCUUGUGUCGGCAGUCGUGGCCAAAGGAGGAUUCAGACAAUUUUCCGAACUUUCUGGUUGGUUUCUACUGUCCGAUAUUGUAGCACGCUAACUUUGUUUGGGCUCCUGAACGACACGGGGGAGCAGCGUCUGCCUCACAACCAAUCAGGUUAGAGGAGGUGGAGAACGGCUUUGUUUACCGUCAGAAAGAGCGGACCGCUCAAAAAUGUUCAAAUGUUGACGACACAGACAUGAGAGAACACAGAGAUAUCGAUAUAUUACCAAAUGUAAUCAAUAACUAAUAACUAUUGACUGAUAUUAAAAGGUUUUUUGUAAAUACACCAAAAUUAAAAGAUGCUUCUUGAACAGAUUCCUGACUACACCACCUUUAACAGUUUGAGGUUGUUUUUAGGGGUUAGGAGUGACUUCACCCUGAAAGUCAGAAAGUCUCAGCUUCCAUACUUUUCCAAUAAAUAUCAGUUUUUAGUCCUUUAGCUUUCCUAAACUUUUAUAACUCUGAGUACAAACAGAUUAUUUGUUUUUAAAACUGUUGGAAGUCAAAUUCGUGUUUUUCUUGUCGCAGGACUAAAGACGGCAGCGAGUUUCUGUUUCAUGCAAAAGAUGAGGUGAGACUUUUCUGUCCUUGUGAUGGUGUCCUGGUGUAACCAAAGAAACCGCAAAAGUCUGACCUCCCCGUCUCCCCCCGCAGGAGGACCUCAAAUCCUGGGUCACAAACAUCACCACCAGUAUAACAGAACACGAGGAGAUCGCCAAAUGGGGCCAGCCCCAACCAACUACCUCAUCAACCGACGAGGGCACGCGUCGAGACGGCAGCAAGGCAGACAACAGGUCGGACCGAGGCGGCGAGCGCUCUGACAGGGCCGAUCGCAUCGAGCGAGCGGACAAAGAGAAGGAGAAAGAGAGGGAAAGAGAGAGAGAGAAGGAGAGGGAGAGAGAGAAAGAGAGGGAGAGGGGCGAACGAUCAGAAAGGUCCGAUCGAGGCGGGAAAUCAGAUGCAAAACGUUCAGAAAAGUCCAGUAAGAAAAAGUGAGCCGGACAUCAAACUUGUUGGGAUUAAAGUGUCUGAACUCCAGAUAGAAAGGAGGCGGGGCCAAAGACUGGUGGGUAACGCCCCCUCCUUCUCUCCACCUCCAACACUGUCAACAAAGAGGUCGUGUUUGGAUCGAAAGUAACACACAGGACCGAAGGACUGAACCGAGCUCACUCAUUGGACGGACAGGAUGGAUUCUCUUCUUCUGUGUUUGGGUGAGAACACAGAGUUUACCUAUGCCCCCUGGUGGCAGUUUCCGAGAACUGCAGGGGAGUUUUGUGCUGCUGAGCCCCUGGUGGCGUCACUGCAAGAGAAAGAGAGAGAGAGAGAGAGAGAGAGAGAGAGACAGGAAACGCAUCAUUUGAACUGAACGGCUGAUAGUGCGAAACCGUAGCUCAUUUGUUUCAUGUUUGUUUUUUCUAUGAGAUGAGCUGUACCUGUAUGUAUCCUUGUCCGUCUGUCCUAACUACUGUAUCUAUCCGUCCGUCUGUCUGUGAGUCAGGACAUCAUCUACACACCGUCUCUAUUACUCCUCAGAAACUGAAAGAGAACGAACCCAAAUGUUUCUCCACGGUCCUUCAGACUCAGAGGAACAUUUCAGUUCACGGUUUUCUUCACUUUCUUUCUCCGGUCCGUCUUGAGCUCUGGCCCAACAGUAACACAGGACUGAAGCUGGUUUUACUCUGACCCCAAACCACACUCAAGUUACAUUUAUCCACAAGCACCAUGAUGGACGAAUGACCACAGCGUGACAGCGACAGUUUAUGACUGAUUUUUUAUGAUGAAGUAGGAGAUGAGAAGAGUCAGAGUCAAAGCAAUCAGGACAGAGAAGAAGAAGAAGAAGAAGAAGAAGAAGGAGUAAAUGUUUAAUCACUGCCCUGAAAAAUAGCAAAGGGCUUCUCAUUUCAAACCGGUGAAUGAUCAUCGCUUCAGUCCUCCUAGACGUCAUGUUGGGAUCUGUCAGAGCAACUCUCCGUUAUCUACGAAGGGUUGAUUUAAGUGUGGGAGGUUUCAGGUCAGAAGAUGUUUCACCUGCAGACAGGACGGUCUCAGCAGCGGUCUGUUGGUGGAAACUAAAGCGUAUGGAUGAGUGAUCAGGAGGGGGUUAAAAACUAGACUGAGACCUUCGGGGCCUCAUUCACUAAAAUGAUCUUCAGCUCUGACUCGGCUUGUGUGAAAAAAUCUAACAGAAAUUGAAGCAUUCGUCAAUUAAACGGCGUUUUGUCGAUGUUUUAUAUGUGACGGGAUCUGCCCCCCACCAGGAUCUAUUUUUCAAAACGUCAUUGUCGGCUCGGUCAUAAGCACAACUUCAGCGCGGCGAGAUUUUUAAUGAAUGAGGUCCCGAGGAUUCAGUCGGCGUCAUCGACUCUGAUUCUCAUACAACUUCAGCCUGCUGUCACAACCAUCCUCUGAACACAGGAAGAUUAGUUAUAUUUAAGUGUGUGUGUGCGUGCGUGUGCGUGUGUGUGUGUGUGUGCGCGCGCUCGUGCAUGUUUGUGCUGCUGCUCUCUGCUCCCAGGGUCUCCAUAGCUCUCAGGUUAUUUAUGUUCGUAUGUGCUCGCAGUGUUUCACAUGUUCAUAUGUUUGUCCCACAUAUGACACCUCAGUCUUCCAGACAUGUCCGAUCGCCCACACACACACACACACACACACACACACACACACACACACACAGAUAUUGUGAAAGGUCCCUCAAAUGAUCAGAUCAACAUCCAGUGAUAGCAAAACAAGAAUGAAAGGAAGAUAUGAUGAAUAGUUGGACAAACUAAAACGAUGAAGAUCCAGAUUCUCAGAUCCAGAUUCUCAGAUCCAGGUUCUCCGAUCCAGGUUCCCAGACUGACCAAACAUGAUGAAGAAAAGGUUCGAAGGGUCUGGCGGUUCUGAGGCGCAUGUUUUGCUCGGAAAGAAAUCACUCGUCACAUCAAGCUUGUCUUUGCAGCUCACCGACUCGACAUUCACUCAUCAGUUUAAAGUCACCAUGAAGCCAUAGAUGACGGAGGAGGAGGUCUAGAUGAAGAGGCUGAGGGUCCUGGGGGUCUUCUGAAGGUAUAAAUGCAGCUGGACUAACUGAAGUCACUUUGAUGCCCUGUUAGAAGCAUCACAGUCAGGAGCGGGUCAGACAGAAUUUAAAAUCACGCUGAGAAGUUUUAUUUCAGUUUGUAGUUUCGAUUCAAGUCCGUCUAAACGUCCCAAACACACGUCCGCUUUUUGACUUACAGAUAAAUCUAAGAGGUGGAGAUGUUGAUCAGAUUCAUGAACUGGGGCAUGAUGGUCCUUGGAGUCUUUUUCACUUGUCUCGCUCAGCUGUUUGUGGUAAUAAGCUCGUUAGUGCCCCCUGAGGUCAGAAGGUUAAACACACCUUUUUGUGGUGGUUUGUUUGACCUGCAGGUGCAGGAAGGGGGCGCGUGUCUGCAGAGAAGGAUCAGCAUGUCUGGGACUCCAAUGACAAGACCCUGGUUUUUUGUUAGGGUAUCACUUAGUGCUCACUGAGGACCACAUUUAUGGUCUCCCUCUGGGUCCCAGAAAUGUGAUCUUAAACCUGCAGACUCUGGUUCUGUUCACACUGCUCAGGGGGGUCACACUGAGCCAGUUUUACUAAAACUUGAGUUUAGUCUGGUGGUCCAACUCUGACCAAAAAAGACUCUAAGGAUGGUGAACUUCCUGCCCCCUUCCAGAAGCGAGGGUCAGCCUCCUUGAGCUAGUUUGGGGGCUUUUACAUGAUCAGCUGGUGGUCACCACACUUCAUUACCACUGCUACAAAAACCUGGUCUUGCCGUGACCUGUAGGAUUAAAGGGAUAUUCCGGCAUAAAAUUAAGUCAGGAUUAAACCCACCGUAACACUGAGUCAGACCCCCCCUCCAGAGAUGAAUGUUGCAGACCGCUUGCUUCUCUAGUUAUACCAACUUUAGUAACGACCGCAGGAUAGAAAUACAGAGAGACACGCCCUCAACCAAAACGCCACUCUAUAGCCACAAAUAAUGCUCAGAACAGCACCUAACUUCAUCAACAGGACAUAUAGGGUCACAGACAUAGUACUAGACACCAAACAUCUUUUUAACUUUGACUCAUUUCUUUAGCAAAGAGACUAAACACAACUCACCUACUCUCUUCCAGCAGACGCUUGUUUGUGGGGGAGCCCUGACGGUGCAACAGAGUUUCGCAGCUCAAGGAAGAACAUUUAUGAUCAUUUCUACAAUACAAUCAGAUUGAGACGCUAAGGCAGAAGAAACUACGGCGUCUGCACAGUAAAAUUAUGACAUCAAUGAGAUGAUAAAGAAAUGAUCGUAAAUGUUCUUUCAUAAAUGGUGUCUAGUACUAUGUCUGUGACCCUAUAUGUCCUGUUGAUGAAGUUAGGUGCUGUUCUGAGCAUUAUUUGUGGCUAUAGAGUGGCGUUUUGGUUGAGGUUUGUUUAUGGCUCCUCAGACCGCUGUGUGUUACGGUGGGUUUUUACACCGGAAUAUCCCUUUAAGUAGGGCUUUGAAUACUUUUGCCUCUCCUGCAGAUCCUGGAGCUGUAACUGCCAGCAGCUGUCAAUCAAACACCAACUCAUGAAAAGGGGGCGUGUCUAACAUUUUCCCAAACAUGUUUUCUUUCUGUGGUUAUGAAAGGUAGAGGUGGUUCCCUUUGACGAACAGAGACAGACAUUUUCUCCGAGCAGCCCGAGAACCUGUCGGCUCAGUUUUAGUCCAAAUCUCCAAGAGUUUAUUUUCCUGGUUGAUCCUAUUUUUGUUUCUUUAAAGUCCAAAAUUAUCACCAUGAAAGCAAUAUCACAUCUUCCCAUGUUUUCACCGAGGGUUUUAAAUUCUGUCUGACCUGUCCGUCCACUAAAUGUGUAUCAUAAAACAUGUCUUAAAAACUGUUCCUUUUUUAAAUCUUGUUUUAUCUCCACACACUUUAUGCAUCUUAACCCAGUGUGAAUGCCAGAUCAAUGCAAUCAUUUACAUGCAUGAUGGACACAACAAACAAAGUUAAAGAUGAAUUUUGAAUGAGCAAACCUUGAGUGUGAAGGGACAGUGCUGUCCUCUGCUGUGGGAUCAUGAAUCUGACAGCAUCAUGAACGGACACACUCUCCGAUUUUAGACACAUGCAGGGUACCGCCGGGAGGAGUCAUCAUAGAGGAGGUCGUCUGUUUGCAACAGAUGAGCGGACUCUACAUGUUUUACAUCUGGACAGACUGAAGUGCAUUGACGCUCUGGAUGAGCUGGUUCGUACCCUGCCUGUCUGUGUGUCUGUGCUGUUCUGGUCACAUCAACCUCAGUCUGUGGGCGGUGAUGAAACGAUGAAUAAAAUACCUUUUGGUUUAUCAUGAAUCUCUU